GUUGGCUUGCAUUCAUGUGACCAGACAGCAGGCUAGUUGUGAUAGCACAAAGAGACUGAGAAAGGUAAACAACAUUCCAUUUACUUUACUUCUUGCAGACUUACGGAGCCACAUUGCUUUUACAUGUGUGUUCCAGGGAGAGAGAUAGAGAGAUGAGGGGGAGAGAGAGAUUUGCUUUUUUUCCCCUGCAAUCUGUUUGUAUUUUGUUUUUCUUUUUUUUUUUUUUAUUUAAGAGGGGGUGAGAGAGUGUGUGUCUUUGCAAGCCAGCCUGAUUGCCAGAGUCAGUGUCUCUCUGCUGCACUGUGAUUUUACUGAAGUAAUUAAUUUUGUGUUUUUUAGCUGUUGGCAGGUAGCCUGAUUGAUUGCCAGGGUGUCUCUCUGUUGCAUUGUGACUUUGCUACAGUGAUACAUUUUGUAUUGUUUUUUCUUUUUUUUUUUUCUGUGAUUUAAUUUAAAUAAAAAAUUCAUAACAGAAAAUAAAUCAUAAUGGACCGUCCACGUCCUCCAAGUCCUCACAUUCUCCCCUCAAGCAAAGUGACUGAGGAAACUGGUAGCCGCCAUAUCGCUGCUGGUAAUACCACUACUAGCUCCUCCACCAGUACAGGUAGUGGUACACUUGCUUCCUCUUCAACUCACCUGAAGCGGAGGCACAUGAAACAGCAGGAGCUGCUAGUGCUUCCAAUUCCUGCAACCAAAGCCAGCAGUAGCACUAGAAAGAGUUCAAGCCGAGUUAGCCAACCAAUGAAACUGAAGAGGGCAGAGACGGAAACUGCAGUUCUCAAUGUUCAGCCAUUUGGCACCAAAAAGCAGCAACAAAUGCCUUCCAGUGGCAGGGUUGAGAGGUCCCCUAGGUCCACAAAGCAGCCACUAUCCAAAUCUCGUAGACAGCUGUUUACUCCUCUCACAACCACCAGCAUUGCUAGUAGUGACAGUAGUACCUCUACCUCCACUACUGCCAGCUCCACUGCAAUGUUUUACAGCAGCUGGGCAGUUUCAACACAGCCUGUUACCGCUGCUCAUUAGACAUGUGCAAUUCGUUUUGGUCCAAAUGUAUAUUCGGAUGAAUUUCGGCAAUUCGGACAUUCGGAUGCUUACGAAUGUCCGAAGUGCCGAAGUUCUGAAGUGGCCGAAGUUCCGAAGUGCUGAUAUCCAGAAGUUCCAAAGUUGCCGAAGUUCCGAGGUGUCGAAGUGCCGAAGUUCCGAAGUGUCGAAGGUUCGAAGUUCCGAAGUUGCCGAAGUUCAGAGGUGUCGAAGUGCAGAAGUUCCGAAGUACCGGAGUCCCGAAUUUCGGAAUGCCGAACUGAACCAAAUUUUUUCGCCAUGCACAUGCCUAUUAUAUCUCUUUAUGUCCUGUCCAUCAUUUUCAAAGGAUACAAGACAAAAAGGUGCAGAAAGCCAGUACUAGACAGACAGGUAUGGAAAGGCACUACUAGAACCACACAUAGUGUAGUAUGUAAAAUAAAGGUUACAAAAAAUUGGGCUAUCAUAUUAAAUACAAUGUUAACAGUAUAUCACUUAUCACACACCAGUAUUUCCUUACUGCAACUCCUUUCAAAUGAACCCUUUUGGACAUUGUGUAUUGAAGCAGGCACCAAUUCUAUGUUCUGUGAGGAAUGGAGUCAACAGUGCUUGGAUUUAAUUCAUAAUCAUCAAGUCUUCAAAACUUUACAUAAAGUGGUAAAAAAAAAGUAUGAGAACUCUUUGGAAUUAGUUGGUUUUCUGCAUGAAGUAGCAGUAACUAGAAUCUUACUGGAAAAUAGAGAACAAUAAGGUACAAACAUAAGGAAUAAUAAAAUAAGAGCUGAGUAAAAUAAAACAUUUUUUUUUAAAAAAACAGUUAAAACUUUCAGUCAACAUUCAAAUAUGAAAAAUAUACAUAUCACCACUUGUAGACACCAUAUGACGGAGUUCUCUCCUGCCCGGGGUCCUCUUAUGGUUGGCCAGCCAACUCUUUACCUGAUUAAUUGAACAAUUUAUGGGCAGGCCCAUGUUGAUUCAACCAGCUGUGAAGAAUAAUCAAACUGUCAGACAGAGUUUCUGCUUUUAUCAAUAAAUCUGACAAUUCAUAAUUUUAUUGAUAAGAGCACAUUGUCGGAGUGAUGUCAUAUUCCACCUCUGAGCUGGGGAGAGCUCAGGGGAUAGCGCUCCCCCACUGCCCGCCUCAAUUAUCAGUGCAUGCCAGCCUCGGGGGUCCCUGAGUUGUCCAGCCGGCCAGCUCUUGGGCUCCCCAGGACAAGAGGCUGGCAAGGCAUUUGCCAGGGCAUUUGGGGUGGCUUUUUUUGCUGCCCCCUGAAAGUGCCCCCUAAGGCAAGUGCCUUGCCAGCCUUGCGGUAGGUACAUCGCUGCGGGCAAAGUCAGUUAAAAUAUGGCUCAGCAUGAUGUAACAUGCUUAGUAAUUUAACUGGAAAACUUAUUCCGUUUUGUUAAUUUUAUUUAAAGUGGUAUAAUUUUAAAUAUGGCUUCCAAGCACACAAAAUGGCUGAAUCAGGUUCAGAGUACCCUACAAUUACUAAGAUCAACAUAAGCCAAACAGAUGAAAAAUAAUCAUAGACAGACUAAACUAAAAACUCGGUCCUUCAAGGGACAGUCUAAGCACCAGAACCAGUAUAGCUUAAUUUAGCCUUUUUUUUUUUUUUUUUGGUAUACAGAGUCUGUCCCUGCAGUUUUUCAGGUGUAAAGGACUAUGAUAGUGACUGUGACUGAGGCACCUUCGUGUUAUGGUCCCACAAUCUUUGAAGGACAGAAGUUCGGAGUCUUCUGAAUGAAGAUGCCAAGUGUUCCUCAAAUAAAUGUAAUUAGUUUUAUGCAUCUUUAUAAGGAGAUGUUGAUUGACAAAUCAAAGAGAUUGCCUUGCAUGCAUAUUAGCCCCUCAUGCUUCUGUGCAGAGAAGCAUUGAAUUGGCAGAGAUCGAGUGGCGGCAGCGACGAGGAGUGGCGGCAGCGACGAGAAUGGUAGGGCAUGGGAUAUACGGCAAAUAAAUUAUCUUAUGCUUACAGGAGGGCUUGUAAAUCUAAAUGGAUAGACAUAAACUCUAAUAUUAGAAAUAAAUGUUUAUAUUUAAUUUGAAUUUCCCUUUAUGGAAAAAUUGGAACAAACUAAUUUGUUACAAAUUGCUAGAAAAGUUACCCUCAAUUAGAAUUUCUCUGCACAGUCCGGACAUUGUUAAAUAGCAUGACCAAUGUCCGUAUUUUGCAGUCCAUAUGGCCCCGGACAGCACCGGAUGGUUUUUCUCCUUUCAGAACGUGGUCAUUCAAACUUUAGUGAAUAACCCUUUGAAGAAAAAGAGGCAUCGGUAGGGGAUUGAGAAGAACAAGAUACAAAUGCAGAUUAAUACUUGGCUGUAUACUUUAAUAUAUUAUUAUUUUUUCUAAAUAAAAAAUCUAAAAAACAGAAAAAAAGAGGCCAUCCACUACAUAAAAUGUGAGGGUUACUGGCAAUCUAGGAAGGAAAAAACCCUAAUUAGAAACUUAUAGAAAAAUGGAAGAGGAACGGAAACACACCAAGUGUGAAUUCCAAUAGAUUACCAUAGAUUUUAAACCACUUAUCAAGAAUAAAAUAUAAUACUUUAUUAUUAAAAACCAGGUAUAUAAUAUAAACAAACGAAUAGUGUCACAACAAAGUGAAUAUAUGAAAAUGAACUAUGUGGUUCAUAAGCCAGUUUAUAUGGUUUUCACAGUGAUUGCUUCAGCUACAAGCUUGCAAAGGUUAAUGGUUCAAUAUACCAAUCAAAUGCAAAAUAUACCAUGUUGCUGAAAUCAGAUACCACUUACAUCUAUAUAUAGACACAUCGUAUUCAGUAUAAAAGGGAAGAAAGCUCUCCAGUAUAUUUGAAUAAAAAUUAGAAGGUUGAAUUAUGUUAGAUAUGUUUAAAGUGCUGAAAAUUUAAACAAAUGUCCUGGAUUUUGGCUAAAAAUGUUGGUUCAAGGGUUGUAGUUAUUAGACCUUAUUUAUAGCAGAGAAUUAGCACAUAUUACCACAAAGAGUCACUUAAUGUAUUACGGAAGGGAAUAAGUUCUCAAAGGUUUAUCUAAGUGGAUGGUACAUGAAAAGGUCUUCCUAAGGAGAGAAGACCUUUUCAUGUAUCAUCCACAACCUUGGACUCUGCGAAACACUUAAUAUUCCUGGUUUUCAUGCUAUCUUUCUGAAUGCUCAUUUAGUGUCUCCUUCUCUCGUCCACAUCCUCCCAACUGCUCGUCUCGGUUGUUGUUCCCCAGGGCUCAAUUCUUGGUCUUCUAGUCUACAUCUUUGCUGCCUCUCUCUGUAACCUUAUUAACUAUUUUGGAUUUCGACUCCAUCCAUAUGCUGAUGAUACUCAUAUUAAUCUCUCUACCCCUGACCUCUCUUCUGCUUUAUUGGAACAUGUUACAAACUGCCUCUUUUCAAUCUCUAACUGGAUGUCUUCCCGUUAUUUAAAACUUCAUCUUUCUUAAACUGAACUCCUCAUCCUUCUCCAAAGCUAGCCCACUCUCCAUCUAUCUCCCUGCAAGUUGAUUGGACUAUUACCUUAUCUCCUCAAACUUGCUGUGGAGUUACCUUUGACUUAGGUGUUUUCUUCUCACAUCCCCUUGGUCUCCAAAUCUUUUAACUUCCACUCAAGUAUUGUCCACAUUCACCCUUUUCUAAUUCAAGAUGCAACUAAGACACUUGUUCAGGCAUUCACCAUUUCCUGAUUUGACAACUGCAACUUACUGCUCACAACCUUCCAAAUACCAGCAUUACCAAUCUUAAGUCUGUAAUGAACGCUGCCACCAGGCUCAUCUUCCUGAAAGACCACUACUCACACACAUCACACCUUUGCUAGUCCUUAAUUUGGCCUCCUGUAAAAUUCAAGAUCCAAUUCAAACUGAUUAUAUUUAUCUACAAAUCCAUCAAUAACUCCACAUUAUAUUUCCUCUUUACUCAACAAAUUCAGCCCUUCGUGAUCCUUUCAGCAAUCUUAUUUUGACAUUUGCUCGUUUGCGCACUGCCAACUUUCAUCUGCAGGAUUUUUGAAGUGCUACCCCAUUCUUAUAGAAUUCCUUACCCCAUGCCAUCAAACUCUCCUGUAUCCUCCAGUUCUCUAAGAGGUCACUGAAAACACACCUUUUGUUGAUAACCACUAUCUACCUGGGUAAUGCUUAUUCUAUUACAAUUGCCUCUAUAGCCCAGCUCACUUUACCUCUUCCAACUGUUUGGUUCUUCCACACACCACUCUGACUCACUUAUUUACUCACACAAACAUCUUAUCUAUCAGUCCUUCAUCCAUUCUCACAUGCUGUUAAUCCAUGUGUGUAUAUAUACCCCUUCCUCAUAGAUUGUAAGAUCAUUUGAACAGGGCCUUCUUUAUUUCUUGUCUCUUGUUAAAUGUUUGUAUUUUAACAUUUGUUGUCAAUUAUCCGCAUAGUACGAUGGUAAAGUGCUGUUGAUUUUGCUGUAACUAUCAAAAUAAUAAUAAUAAUAGAAUAAUAGAGCUGCAUUGAGAAGUCUGUGAUUGGACAGCCACAAAAAGGGAAUGCCUUGCAAAAACUGCAGACAUGAUAUCUUCAGCUUUUGCAAGCUGUUUUUAAAUAUACCCCGAAUGACAAUAUAUAAUUAAAUGCAUCUUUUCAUUGGAGUUAUAUCUACUAGACAGCGAUUUUAACUAAUUUUAUUACAGCAGAAGAGUGUGCCUUUUGCAUUUUCAGAGAAAUAUUCAUAUAUCAGGAGAAAACAGAAAAAAAUUAAUCCCAACAAUAAAAAAAAAAACAGAAUUCACACAUACAAUAUCUUUUUUCUUUGCCAAUAAUUUAAUCUGUUUUUUUAAAGCUAUUCAACCAAAGAUGAAAAGUAUUUGACGGAUCCAGGUUUGAAAAAUGUUUGCCAAAACACGUUUAGACAUCAAUAUUGUCUUUUGUUACAAAAGGUAUUUAUUAUGAGGAUUUACUGGCACUAAACAAUGGACUUUAGUCAAAACUUGUGCAACAUGAUCUGUUUACAAAAUUAUGUAACUCAAAAAAACAAAUAAAAUGGCACAAUGUAACCCCUUAAGGACACAAUUUUUUAAUGUUUUGCUGUUUGUGCUCAACUUUAACUUGCCUAUAUUUCUCAUUUAUUUUACCAACACAUACCAUAUAUCAUUUUGUAAAGGACAAAAAGAGGUUUUAUUUGAUUUGAUAUAUACACAUAUAAAUUCUCAUUUAUUAUAAAAAAAACAAAAAUACAUUAAAAAAAACCCAACAACUAUUUUUUUAGCAGUUUUAGAAAUAAUGUGUCCAUUACAAGUCCAUCGUAAAAAAAAGUAAUUCAAAAGAAAUUAAUUUAUUUGUCCUGGUUUACCGAGUACAUACUGUGUUUAGGAUUUCUGUUUAUUUUGAUAGUUACAAGUCAAAAUACAAGAAGUAAAAAAAUGUCAAUGUGGAAAAAUUUUAGAAGUUGGUAUAUAUAUCUUGUAGGUUUAUUAGCCUUCACAGAAAACAAACUUUCCACAGAAAAGCAUAAAGUAGACAUCAUAGACUAUACACCUAAGGGUACUUUGACUAUUUUUACAAAGCCAUUUCACCACCAGUCUCUGCUAAAUAUUGCAGUAAAAUGUUUUUUUUUCCUGGUUUUUGACAUACAGACAAUUGUGCUCAAAAGUUUUGAGAACCUUACCAAAUGUCUGAUGAAGCCUUGAGAGGAGAAACGCGUUAAGUGUGGUCCUUAUAGCCUAUCUGGACAUUUUUAUUGUUCUUAAUACUUAUAUGGUUUUAGAUAUUUUAUUAUGCAAUAAAGUUAACUGUUUUUAUCCCAUAUUCUUACCUUACCCAUUCUUUUACCUUCAUAACCUCUUGCUUCCUGGUACCUGCUAUAUCCUAUGGUAGGGAUUAUACCACCCAAGCCUUAUACCACUAGAGCAACUCCUGCUCUAGGAAUUCUAUGUACAAUACUUUCUUGAAAUUCGAUUUAUCCAUAUUUACUUCACUAUUGGAGUUUCUUUUGCUUCUGUUUCCACAUACUAUAUUGGCAUUACCUAAUCCAGAGCACUCCUGUCAUCUGGACCUUUAACGGGAUUAUACCAUCCAUGUGUAGUUCAGCAGAGCUCUAAGUUAGCUAUGAAAAAUGAGUUCUCUGCAUUAAUCUCAUUGAAAAUUUCACAUUGCCAAACGAUAUUGCACUAUUAUUUGUCUUGUCCUGUUCUUUUUUUAGGUUAACCUAAUUGGAAUACUCUCAGUGGUUAAUGCAUGUAUUAAUGUAUUAAUUGCACUUUGAUGGUAUCUUUUUUUGCUCUGUGUAUCCUCGUCUUUUUGGUUUUAUGUGAACAGAGAGAUGCAUACACAUACAAAUAUACAUUUGUGAUAAAAGGAUUGCAUACCCUGGCAGAAAUUGAGAAAUUUUGGCAUUGAUUUUAAAAAUAUGACUGAUCAUGGAAAAAAAAUGUGUUUUAUUAAAGGAUAGUGAUUAUAUGAAGCCAUUUAUUAUCACAUAGUUGUUUGGCUCCUUUUAAAAUCAUAAUGAUAACACAAAAUCACCCAAAUGGCCAUGAUCAAAAGUGUAUAUACCCUUGGAAAGAUAUCCAAAGCCAUGAAAAUGCCAGUCAAUACUGUUCAAUCACUUAUUAAGAAGUGGAAAAUGUGGGGAUCUCUUGAUACCAAGCUAAGGUCAGGUAGAUUUCAGCCACAACUGUCAAAAGAAUUGUUUGGGAUACAAAUAAAAACCCACAGGUAACCUCAGGAGAACUAUGGGCUUCUCUGGAAAAAGGCGGUGUGGUUGUUUCAAGUAGCACAAUAAGACAAUACUUGAACAAAAAUGAGCUGCAUGGUCAAGUUGCCAGAUGCCAAUGCCACAAAAAACCUGGUUGCAAUAUGCCCGACAAUACCUUGACACGCCUCACAUUUUCUUGCACUCUGUAAUAUGGAAUGACGAGACCAAAAUAGAGCUUUAUGGUCACAACAAUAAGCUCUAUGUUUAAAGAGGGGUCAACAAGGCCUAUAGUGAAAAGAAUACCAUCCCCAAUGGGACACAUGGUGGUGGCUCACUGAUUUUUUGGGUGUGUGUGAACUCUAAAGGCUCGGGCAAUCUUGUGAAAAUUGAUGGCAAGAUGAAUGCAGCAUGUUAUCAGAAAAUACUCGCAGUCAAUUUGCAUUCUUCUGCACGAAGGCUGCGCAUGGGACACUCUUGGUCUUUCUCGCAUGACAAUGACCCUAAGCACGAGUUGACCCUCCAGUGGUUACAGCAGAAAAAAAGUGAAGGUUCUUGUUAGUGUCCUGACUGCUUCACAUAUGAGACCAGUAGUUUUAUACAACCUUGCUUGAUUGCUGAGCAUUUACUGUAUAAUCCGUCUUAUUCUAACUGACAGCAACACAAGAGUAAGUAUUUAGAUUAUGGUUCAUGUUUGGUUAUAUGUAUAUUAUUAAUAUAAUUAUUAUUAUUGUUGUAGUUAUUUAAAAAAAACAAACGUUAAUCCCCAGUUUAAAACUGCUGAACAGGUGAACAAUAUUCAGCCAAUAGCCGUCGGUAGCCAGAUUAGAGAUACCCAAGCCAGGGCCUGUUUCUACUGAUUGAAAUAUCAUUGAUUUAUUGAUUAUAUCUCAGCUAGACUCCACACAGAAAACAACGGGGCCCAUGAUAAACAUCUCAAUUCAGUUGACUGUGAAUAUAUUUUAUGAAUAAAUAUCCCAGUAAAACCACGCAUACAAAAUCCCAGACACACAUACAUACAAACAUACACACUCCUCGCCACACAGAUAUUUCCAGACACACACUCCAAAGCGCAAAGAGAUAUAUAAGCCUCCAGGUGAAUAAAUAAAAAAUAUCUAUAACAUAAGCACUUCAAGAAGCUGUAUUUGUUAUGGAGCUCAGAGUGUUACUGUGAUUCUUAAUUGCAUGUCAUUGCAAAUUAUAACUAUACGUUUUCUUUAUGCUAUGGGACGCCAGUUAUCCCACUUUUCACAUCCGUUCUUUAUGAUGAAACUCAAUGGGAGACAUUAUACAAAUUCAAUCCCAGUCAUUUUCUUUAUUGUAAUGGAAAUUUUUUGAAGAAAGAUGCAUUCUUUCCGUUUUUCCAUCGGGGGGGGAGGAAGGGGUGGCUGUGGCCUAACACGCACAAUCAGGUCAACUAGAAAAACAUAUUACCGGUCCUUAGAAUGGUCAGAAUUAAUGUAGAAAGAAUAGUCAGAAACAAGACUAGUCAGAAACAAGCCAAAGUCAGGGACACAGACAGGAGCAUAGACGAGAAGACAAAGUGGAAGGAUCAGGGAUACCAGAAAUACGGAUAGUCAGAAUAAGCCAAGAUCAAAAAUCAGGAAUCAAUAAACCAAACACGCUCUCGGAUAACCAAAGAAGUGGAAACCAUGACAGGGCAAGGAAGAAAAAAAGAAAUGGGGAUGGAUGCGCCGGCGGAUUGGGCUGUGAUUCACAGCAACUCAGGUAAGUCUAUUUUAUUUUGUAAGUGACUGCACCGAUUGGGUGCGGUCACGUGGUGUCGCGGACCGGGAGUCGUGACAGUUUUCUAAAGGUAAUGGAAAAUAAAAGGAUGAGAGGUAUUCUCUAGUAUGUUUUUUUAUUAUUAUGUUUUUUUUUUUUUUUUAAGUAUAGAAGAACAUAUUUUUAUGUUCUUCUCCAACUGUACAACCUUUUCAGACACAUUUUUUCUCCCCCAAUUCAGACCCUUUAUCUAAAAUUUUUCAAACUUCACGCUGCCGGGUCCUUUUUCAGGACGUACCAUCUGCUAGUUACUGACAGUGACGUACCAUCACUUAUUUUAUCUUCUCCAAGUAUACAACAGGUUUUAAUUCCUGCACAAGCUAAUUUGACACCAGCACUGUACGGUCAUGUGAUGUCAAUGUUAAGCAUUGUAUGAGAAAUAUAGUCUAUAGUCAUUGCUGCCGCCCAGGACUAGUGAGAGUUUGAGCACAGAGCUUAUUUAUGUAUGUUUGUAAUUGCUUUUGUAUUACACAGCCAUGUUAUAAUGCUGCUGCCCACCCCAUGUGCUCCCUAUUAAGGGUUAAUAAGUAUCUAGGGUUUAGAAAAAUACACAUCACUGUCUUUUUAGAGAUAAUUUUUAUCUGAAGCUAAAAGGAGCAAGGCAAAUUGUAGGACCAAACUAAAAGGUUUGCCUUGACGUGGCAGGUAAGCGAACACUCAAGUGGACAAAUGCGACAGAAGCAGAUAGACUAACAGCACUAGUCCGCGACACCCCAAAAUCUUUCAAAAAGAUUUGGAAUCCCUCACAGAAUACAUGAUAAUUCUGCCCCAAUGUUCACUUUCUUCCCCAUCACUGGGUACCUCUGUCAUCCUUUCCCCUUUAUAACAGAAUUUGGUUUUGUCGUUGAAUUGUACAACCAUUUCACAUGCGUCAGUGAAUUUCAGUGAAAUUCCAAUACAGUUAAUAAGAGUAUUUGUCAACCACCAAAAAAGACUAUUUCCUAAACAGUCUUUUUUGGGAGCUGACAGUGCUGCUUUAACACUACAAUGGAAACAUUGCUAUUUCCCUAAAACUUUUUCAGCUGCAGGGCUAAGGGGACAAGGACACUGCAUCCUGAUCAGUUCGAUGAGAUAAAGUGGACCGGGUGCCUAUAGUGUCCCUUUAAAUUUACAUUUGCCUUAUUUAUUAUGUGUGGCCAAGACGUUUGUCAGCAGAGAACCAUAUUCCCCAGCCCGGUCUGUCAGUUCACAUUGGUUUUCUAAACAAUCCAGUCCUACUUGCAUUUAAAUUGUUCCUGCACAGGGCUUUUAACCCCCUUUUACAAGUUAACUUUUAGGAACAUGGUAAUUAGAUGCCAGUACUACUGUUGUACAGUAAAAACAGAAGAGUGACAUGACAUUUUAACAUUUUGUUAGUUUAACGUUAAUAAAGUGUUUGACUUGGGACACCUCUCCUGUCUGUGGCCAUCGAUUUUUGUGCUGAAUGUGUAAAAAUAAAUAUUGACCCAACACACCUUGACUAAAACUUGGAUAUGCUUCCUGCAUUGUAGAGGUAUCCAGUUAUUUCUAACUCUGCUUGUAUAGACCUCAAUAGCAUUACAAACUAUUACAUCGCUAACACAAGCCUGAAUCCUUGACAAGCCAGGAUGGACCUACGGAUGCAUGGCAGUGGCAGAACUUCAUUGGGUGACCCAUCCACUUAGGGCCACUCAAUGGGUACUGCUGAACAGGGCCCUGAUCAAACACCACAGCCCUUUAAGAGUGUGACUAGCUACCUGUAAUACUGUAAUCACUUAAAGACUUAAAAUUCUAUUCCAUUUAUUAAUAGUCUACCAUCACACAAAUGUGUGAAGUAGACUUACUCUCAUAACAAAAGAAAACAUUUAAAAUAAUUUAAAAAACAAAACGAAAGAGUCCAGACCUUAUUAGAAACUCAGCGUCCCGAGUCAGCAAGUUGCAAAAUGCUGUGAAAAAAGAAGAAAAUAAGGGAUGUGGGUCCUCUUCGUGAUGUAGAUGAUGGUUGGUAUUGAUAGGAGUCAGACCUCUCCAAACGCGUUUCUCCGCUUCGCGGCUUUUUCAAUGGAUGCGGUCUGACCGCUAGUGAUCGUUUUUAUAGUGUCCUCCGUUUACUAUACAAUUGUAUCAAAUCUUUAUUAUAUUAACACGAUGAAUCAUCUCUUCAUAUCUUCCUACCAUAUUGUAUCAACUUCUUCUAAAAAUUUAUACAUAUUGUACGUUUGCAUUACUAUAAUAAUACCCGCCCUUUUAGGCAGGUUUGAAUAUAACGGCCACAGUUUAAAACAAAUCAGAAUAAAAAAUCAUAAUAAAAAAUAAGCUAAAAAAUGAUUAGUCUAUAUAGUGACUCUACAUUUGAUACUAUCCUUAUUAUAAUAAGAAUACAAAAAAAUAAAAAUUAAAAAUUAAAAAUUAAAAAUUACCAGACAAAUAAUAAAAAAAAAUAAAAAAAAUUAGCCAAGAAAAUGACAAAGCUCAAAUUCAGCAUUCAGUCCUUUAGGUUGUAAUGUAUCCAGCUUAUAUAUCCAUUGCAUUUCGGUAAUCCCUAACUGUUUAUUGGGAUCACCACCUCUCCAAUUCUUAUUAACUUUACAUACCCCUUUAAAAUUCAGAAGACUCAUGUCCAAGUUAUGUUGCUGUUUAAAAUGAGCAGAAACCGAAUGCUGCAUAUAGCCUUUUUUUAUAUUUAACAUGUGUUCUCUAAUUCUUACAUACAGCUUUCUCUUGGUUCUACCUACGUAUUUAAGUCCACACGGACACUCUAGAACAUAAAUCACAUUGGUACUCUGACAAGUGAUGUGUUCUUUUAUUUUACAUGAUUCCAUCUUUUUUUUAUGGUUACUUUUUGUGACUUCAAAUACUCCUUUUGUCUGUGUGUUAUUACUUGUCUUACAUGCAAUACAUUCCAGGCAAUAAAAGAAACCAUUCUUUUUUGUUGUAAUUGCUUGCUUACUUCCUUUUAGAUGACUAUUAGUUAUUUUCCUUUUCAGAUUAGGUGCCCCCCUAAAAGUGAUUUUAGGUCUUUCUGGUAAGUUGCUGGCAAGAAUUUUAUCUUUUUUCAAUAAAUGCCAGUGCUUCAUCAGUAUUCUUUUUAAUUGCACAUUUUCUUUAUUAAAAUCUAAAAUAAUUGCUGGAAAUGUCUCUUGUCUUGUUGCAUGCGAUUUGUCUUUGUUCUUUAAGACAUUUGUACGGUCUAUAUUAUCAACUCUGCACAGAGCAUCAUCUAUUUCGUUACAUUUAUAGUUUUUAGACAAAAAUUUCUUUUUAACAGUAUCUGCCUGUUCCCUAUAUACUUCGAAGUCUGUACAAUUUCUCCUCAGACGUCUGAAUUCAUUAUAAGGUACAUUUUUAAGCCAUAUAGGCAAAUGGCAACUUUCUUUAAGGAUGAAACUGUUCACGUCUACUUCCUUGAAAUGCGUUUUUGUUUUGACUUUCCCAGAGUCUAUAUAAAUGCUAAGAUCGAGGAAUUCGACCUGUGUUUUACUCCAAGUUGUGUUCAUUUUCACUCCCCAAGUAUUUUUAUUUAUAUACUCUAAAAAUGCUUGGAGAUCUUCUUCCCCACCUUCCCAUAUAAGGAACACAUCAUCGAUGUAUCUUUUGUAUUUGUGAAUGUUGGUAUUCCAGGGAUGUGCGUUCCAGAUAUAAUUGUCUUCCCAAUCCCCCAUGAAUAGGUUGGCAAAGCUAGGGGCAAAUUUCGUCCCCAUAGCAGUUCCUUUCUUCUGGAGGUAAAACCGAUCUUCAAAUAGAAAAUAAUUAUUCUUUAGGAUGAACGCAAUCCCCUCUAUUAUGAAUGAAAUUUGUAUGUCUUCCAUUUCUCCAUACUUGUUUAAUGCAUUUCUUACAGAAUCACAACCUUGUUGAUGGUCAAUAAUUGUAUACAGAGAAGUCUCGGGACGCCGAGUUUCUAAUAAGGUCUGGACUCUUUCGUUUUGUUUUUUAAAUUAUUUUAAAUGUUUUCUUUUGUUAUGAGAGUAAGUUUACUUCACACAUUUGUGUGAUGGUAGACUAUUAAUAAAUGGAAUAGAAUUUUAAGUCUUUAAGUGAUUACAGUGUAUUUAUAAGGUUAUAUACCUGCUAGUUUAUAUUUAUUAGAAGAGAAAGGGUUUUUUAUUUAUAUAUUGUAUAUUACAUAGGUUGUUAGGUCCCCUAUUUUUCCCUAUCUCUUGUUUGAUCUUUAUCAGCGCUCCACUUUUUGUAAAAAUUUUUUACCUGUAAUACUAACAGGAAGUGAGAGCCUCCCAAAACAGAUAGAGAGCGCCACAUGGGAGGGAGUAGGCAGGGGCAGCAAAGGCAGCAGGCAGAAGAGGAGCAAGAAGAGAGAGCUGCACCUAACCCCACACUAUUAAACUCAGCCAGCAGCCGGUCCACAAGGAAGCCAACCUCCUGCAAACAAAAAAAGUUAAAACAAAAACACAAAAAACUAAGUCCUGCGCUCAGACUCCCACUACUCUAGGGUGGCAGCAAUGACCAUAGCACACAUCAGCCCCAAUAAAUAAAAUAAAAACUGGUUGUCUUCAAUAAAAAAUGUUUUUUUUUUAUUACGCUUCCUGAUUUUAUCCAUGAAGAUUUUAUCCGGAUGAUGCACACUUUUAUUUCCUUGGUGGACUCCCGCGAGGCUGAUUUAAAACCCCUCCAGCCACUUACCUGAAUCCAGCGCCGAUGUCCCUUGGGGCUGGGUCAGACUCCGCCCACGCUCCCUCAAUGGCCGAGCGCACAUUAAACCUCCCCAUUGGAAAGCAUUAUUCAAUGCAUUCCUAUGGGGAAAAUUCUGACACUGGUGGUCCGUGAGAUAACGAACCAAAAGUCAGUUUGGAUUACGGAACCCCAUUAGUGGCUGUCUGGUAGAACUGCAAUGUUUUUACAUUGCCGCACUAAGUGCAAAAGGGUCACAGCACCCAGACCAUUUCAAUGAGCUGAAGUGGUUUGGGUGCCUACAGUGCCCCUUGAAUGUUGCAUUCACUAUUCAUUACUCAGGAAAGGAACAAGUAGAAACUUUGUUUAACGCAUCCCGCUGUCACAACAUGCUCUGAUCAAUUCAGAUUUUAAGAGUGUUUAAAGCCAGUUAUCUGGCAUGGCCUUAAAUUAAUAUGUUUAGAUAAGCUUUUCAAAUGAUUGAAACAUUUUAAUUAUUUAAUAGUUUGAAAAAAUAGAUGUUAAUAACCAGCUGCCCCUAUUACUCAAGAUACGAAGGUCAAUUCUUUACUAUUAGUGAUGUAAAGUGAUGCAGGAAUUCAGUUUUAGAAAGAUUAACUUUUAGAUAAAGGGAAGACAUCCAGUUAGAGAUGAAAGAGAAGCAGUUUGUGACUCGUUCUCAGAAAGAGGUCAGGGGAGAAGAGGCAAAUCUGAGUAUCGUCAGCAUAAAGAGUGUAUUAAAAUCCAAAAGAGUUAAUAAGAUUAUAAAAAGACGAGGCAUGGAUGUAGAGAGAAGAUGUGAAACACCAACUGGGAUAGCAGUUUAGAGGAUGUGGCAACAGAGAAGAAGACACUAAAUGAGCGUUCAGAAAGAUUGGAUUUAAAUCAGGAAAUGGGAUUGUAGUUAGGAGAAUUGGUGUUAUGAGAUGGCUUCUUUCAGGAUGGCAAUAAUGAUUGCAUGUUUGCGGGAUAAAAGAAACAUACCAGUAGACAGAGAGAGGUUGAAAAUAUGUGUUAGGGAUGGGUCAAGACUAGGGGAAAGAGAUUAGAUAAGGUAAGAGUGGAAGGGGUCCAUAGGACAGGUGGUGGGGCAGGGCUGCCAUCAGAAAUGUUGAGGCCCCUGACACAGCUCAAGGUCUGGGCCCCCCGGUGCCUGCACCUGAGUCCGCCCAAAGUGCUGCCCCCCCCCGAAUCCGCCCACAGGGAUGCAGAGUCUGCAGGGCCGGUGCAAGGAUUUUUGCCACCCUAGGCAAAAGUAAAGUCUGCCGCCCCCCCAUGUGACAUCACAAUGCCCCACCCAUAUGAUCUGCCAUGUUAACUAACACCAUAGAAACAUAGAAACAUAGAAACAUAGAAUGUGACGGCAGAUAAGAACCAUUCGGUCCAUCUAGUCUGCCCAAUUUUCUAAAAACUUUCAUUAGUCCCUAGCCUUAUCUUAUAGUUAGGAUAGCCUUAUGCCUAUCCCACGCAUGCUUAAACUCCUUUACUGUGUUAACCUCUACCACUUCAGUUGGAAGGCUAUUCCAUGCAUCUACUACCCUCUCAGUAAAGUAAUACUUCCUGAUAUUAUUUUUAAACCUUUGUCCCUCUAAUUUAAGACUAUGUCCUCUUGUUGUGGUAGUUUUUCUUCUUUUAAAUAUAGUCUCCUCCUUUACUGUGUUGAUUCCCUUUAUAUAUUUAAAUGUUUCUAUCAUAUCCCCCCUGUCUCGUCUUUCCUCCAAGCUAUACAUGUUAAGAUCCUUUAACCUUUCCUGGUAAGUUUUAUCCCGCAAUCCAUGAACCAGUUUAGUAGCCCUUCUCUGAACCCUCUCUAAGGUAUCAAUAUCCUUCUGAAGAUACGGUCUCCAGUACUGUGUACAAUACUCCAAGUGAGGUCUCACCAGUGUUCUGUACAAUGGCAUGAGCACUUCCCUCUUUCUACUGCUAAUACCUCUCCCUAUACAACCAAGCAUUCUGCUAGCAUUUCCUGCUGCUCUAUUACAUUGUCUGCCUACCUUUAAGUCAUCAGAAAUAAUCACCCCUAAAUCCCUUUCCUCAUAUGUUGAGGUUAGGACUCUAUCAAAUAUUCUGUACUCUGCCCUUGGGUUUUUACGUCCAAGAUGCAUUAUCUUGCACUUAUCCACAUUAAAUGUCAGUUGCCACAAUUCUGACCAUUUUUCUAGUUUACCUAAAUCAUUUGCCAUUUGGCUUAUCCCUCCUGGAACAUCAACCCUGUUACAUAUCUUAGUAUCAUCAGCAAAAAGACAUACCUUACCAUCAAGACCUUCUGCAAUAUCACUAAUAAAAAUAUUAAAGAGAAUGGGUCCAAGUACAGAUCCCUGAGGUACCCCACUGGUGACAAGUCCAAGCUUCGAAUAUAUUCCAUUAACUACAACCCUCUGUUGCCUGUCACUCAGCCACUGCCUUACCCAUUCAACAAUAUUGGAAUCCAAACUUAAAGAUUGCAGUUUAUUGAUAAGCCUUCUAUGUGCAACAGUGUCAAAAGCCUUACUGAAAUCUAGGUAAGCAAUGUCUACUGCACCACCCUGAUCUAUAGUUUUAGUUACCCAAUCAAAAAAAUCAAUACCCGAUCAAUAACCAGUGCUGCAGUGCCGCCGUGUUUACAUUAAAAGGCAAAUUUCGGAGGAAAUGUAUUUAUUUAUGCAUUAUGUUAUUAUUCAUAAAUUAAAAUUGUAUGUAUAAAAACUAAAUUAAAAAGGUAUAUAUCUGUGCAAUAAAAAAGAUUAUGUGUGUGCAGUGCCUGCAUGAGAAAACCAAGCAUAAAUGUAAGUACUGUACACGUGAGAUGACUGUCUAAACAGUCAUUAUAAGAUUUUUUUAUAAUUUACUGCCCCUAAAACUGGACUUUAGAUAUAUACUCGGUCAACACACUCUAUUCACAUUCUUGUUUAGCUUGAUAAACAAAUAAAAUGGCACAACUUUAAUCAAAAAUGAUAGAGUUUGCAAAUGUCAUCUGAUCUUGGAUAAUUUGAUCUCUGUCUAUUUGGCAGGGAUUAUAGUUGAAAUACAAAAGUACACAGAGAUUGCAAAGAAUGAGAAAAACAAAGUUAUGAAUUCUGGCUGAACGAUUCACCUUAGUCAGAGGUCAUGAGACAUGUUUCAAAAAAGAUGGAUAGAUUUAUUUUUCUCAUAUAUAAACACGGACAGCAGAAUUGUUGCUGGCAUGAAUUAAAAUGCAUUACUGGGACUCUAAGCACUGAAACCAAUACAUUUUAAUGUAGUGGCUUCCAUACAUAUAUGCUGUGCCUUUUCUUAGAAUAUGUAAAACAUUGCUAAUUUUUAGAAAUGGUAGUUUUUAACAUUUCGCCAUGUGACGAAAGUAACCUCGUCACUGGCUUUUGGAGGGGCCUGUUUGCCAGCCUCCUUCCCUGUGACUACGGUCCCUGUAAUAGACCUGUCUCAAAUACUUUAAACAGGCUCUGUUCAUGUGAGUUAUGUACUUUUGUACUCCAGACCAUAGGACCAUGUGCACGGUCGGUCAAAAAUAAGACUUAUGGGGGCGUGGCCAAGACACCGAGGAGCAUGGACGCAUGAAUCCUGAGCUCCGUCCCUCACCGAGAGCAAUAGGGGAUACCUGUCAUCCAACAGCACACAUGGCAACCAAAAAGCACCGCAGCAACGCGGGGAACACCCCAGCGACGGUUUCCCCAGCUGCCAAAACAUCCCUACAGAGAUUCUUCACGGAACAACCAGACCCGCGAGGACACGGCAAGAUGGCGCCCGCGGGAAACACACGAGGCAGCCAACCAUCCAGCCCAUCAGCAUCGGAAUGCUCGGCAGAGGAAUCCGACAUUAGGGCAAUCCUAACCCAACUGCCCUCCAAAACUGACCUUGCAGCCAUGUUUCAAAGACUAGAGGACAGUUUUAGUGAAAAACUCCAGGCAGUGAGCGCAGAUGUGCAGCACCUAGGCAAUAGAGUACAGGCCUUGGAAGAAGAGAAUGAAACCGCUGACAGGCAGUGGGCUGAAUGCCACACUACACAAGAGACACACUCUGAAGCCAUCAGACACCUGCAAAGGAGGCUGGAAGAUGUUGACAACCGGGGAAGACGAAACAACCUUAGGGUAAGAGGUAUACCUGAGCAGCCGGACGGCACCACAGAGAACCCCACACAGAUCCUAACAACAUUUUUUAACCAUAUCCUCGCAAGACCCCCAGAAACAGCCAUCCAGUUCGACAGAGCCCACAGGGCAGCAAGUCCCAGAAAUCUACCCCCUGACAGGCCACGAGACAUUAUAUGCAGGAUACAUAACUUCCCUCUGAAAGAGGAGAUCUUCCAUAAAGCCUGCCAAAAUAAAGAACUAUCGGUCGAUGGCCAUCAGGUGACCGUGUUCCAGGACUUAUCACCGUCCACUCUACAGGCAAGAAGGGCCCUACGACCUAUCCCACAGGCUCUGAUGGAAAGACAAAUCAAAUUUCGGUGGAACUUCCCAUUUGCUCUAACUGUGACCUAUAAGGACAAGACUCACACCAUUACUACGCCAGCGGAUAUACCCGACUUCCAGAGGGGAUUGAAUCUACCACCAUCCGAGGUGGUGGACUGGACCGGCCAAAGCAGACGCAGCAUCGACCUAAAUGGCAGAGAACCCCGAGGAAGAGACAUAGGCCGACCCAAAAAGAAACCGAUGUCCAUGCCUCGCCGGGGACAAAGCAACCUGAGCAUCAGCAUGAUCACACAAGCAUAUCCUUUGCAUUAAUUCUAAACUCUAUGCCUUAAUUUAGCACUAAACUGUGUAUAAGAUUAUGAUGUUAUACUUUUCUAUUGCCAAUGUUAUGUUAUGUUUAUAGACUGUAGAAUAUGCCGCUACCAGGCUCCUCUGACCCUAGACACCAGCAGCACGGUUAUAAAUGAGUUAAAAGGGCCCACAGGGACCUGGCCUACAGGGUGAAUGCAGACCUACAAUCCGUCCCCCACUCCCUUACUAGCUGGAGGAGUGGGAGCAUAGCAUAAAGUUGUCAAUCACCCUAAGGGAACCCCCGCCGGCCCUCGGUCAGGCUACCUUGGUCACCACCCCCAGAGAGGCACCCCGACACAACUUGUGGAAACGAGUAAGUUACCCACAAGUGUACCGCCAAACUCACUCCAGAUAUGAAACCCUCAUAUCAUACUGUACAAAGUUCAAGUUCCCCCCCAGUUUACCCUGUCCACACCACCCCUGCCUAUAUAUUCAUGAAAUGCGCUACAAUAGCAGGCGCACUCCUAGGGUCCCAAGCUAAAACAAGAGGUAGCACAUCCCGUUAUCAUGGCCCAAACUAAACUCAUGUCCCUGAAUGUACGGGGACUAAACUCCCCAUGAAGAGAACGAUGCUAGCACAAGAAAUAGACAGGCAGGGAGCUGACUUAGCCUUCCUGCAAGAAACCCAUUAUAGGGGAGAGUUUAAACCGAAACUUAGAUCAAAACGUAUUCAAGUGUCCUACUACAGCAACAAUGUUAAACAGAAAUCUAGGGGUGUGGCGAUUUUGAUCUCAUCCACCGCAGCCUAUACCAAAAUCAGCCUCAAAACUGACCCAAGGGGUAGGUUUGUGUUCGUGAAGGGGAUAUACAAUGGAGUUCUUACAACAUUGGCGAGUGUCUAUGCUCCAAACUCAGACCAAGUACCCUAUAUACGCUCUUGCCUAGCUAAGUUAGAAGGUUUUGCUGAGGGAGCUGUAAUUGUAGCGGGAGACUGGAACAUGGUACUAGACCACUCAAUAGACAGCUCAUCUAAGACCAAAGACCCUCGACACCGCCAACGGACAAUGUUCUCCAACGUGCUUCACGCCCAUCAACUGAUGGACUGCUGACACAUAUUACACCCUCAAGAGAGAGACUACUCCUAUUACUCCAAGGUAGCAAACACCUACUCCAGAAUUGACAUGUUUUUCCUCAGCCAUAGACACCUUCCCCUACUGAGUGAAGCAUCAAUAGGCAACAUCACGUGGUCUGACCACGCCCCAGUUUUCUUAUCUGUCGCCCUUCAGAGAGAUCCCAAAUACACCACACACUGGCAACUGAACGAGACCCUAUUAGAUGACCCGAGAGUAAUAGAUGACCUGAGACAAACAAUAGGCAACUACUUCACAGACAAUGACACAGGAGAGGUAUCCUACCAAUGGAUCUUGGAAGCACAGAAGGGAGCUGCGAGAGGCACCCUGAUUAAAUGGGGAUCUAGAAUUAAGAAGGAACACACACAUAAAAUUAACUCCCUUACAACGGAAAUACACCUCGCCGAAUCCCUACACAAACAGGACCCUACAGCCGAGAACUUCCAGAAACUCACGGCCCUCUGAAUAGAAAUGCGAUCAUUAUUAGCCCUUAAAGCACACAGAUCGGUCCAGCUGACCAGGGGCUCCUUUUAUACCCAGGGUAAUAAAAGCGGGAAACUAUUGGCCCGAGCCCUAAAAACUAAACAUCAGAGGUCCUUUAUCGACAAAAUUACCGACAAAACAGGGAAACAAUGCAAUACCACAGACAACAUAGCUAUUGCAUUUAGUACCUUUUAUGAAGACUUCUACAAUCUAGACCCACCAAGUAAACAACCUAACAACCUGAGAGAAUAUAUUACCUCAAACCUUCCACAUACUAUCCCCAACGACACAGCACUCACACUCGACGAGCCAUUCUCUCCAGCAAAACUAUCACUAGCUAUUAAGACUCUACCAAAAGGAAAGAGCCCAGGCCCAGAUGGAAUGACUGCGAGAUAUUACCAAACACUUGCACAGGAGUUAAUCCCUCACUUUCUUAAAUCACUAAACGGCCCGGCACAGGACAACCCACUACCACCCCCGAUGCUGCAUGCAUCAAUCACUAUUAUUCCCAAGCCGGGCAAAGACCCCACACAGUGUGGGAGCUACAGACCCAUCUCCUUGAUACACCUGGAUCGAAAACUAAUGGCGAAAAUGAUCGCCAACCGACUUAAACUCUUAUUACCGGGACUAAUCCACCCUGAUCAGGCCGGCUUUGUGCCUGGCCGUGAAGCCAGGGACAAUACCACAAAAAUCCUAAAUGUCAUACAUGGGGCAACCGUAACGAACACACCGACACUGUUAUGGCAAUAGACGCUGAAAAAGCAUUCGACAGGGUGGAUUGGUCCUAUCUCUUCACAGUCCUGGAGGUCCUAGGGGCUGGUCCGAGACUAAGGAAUUGGAUACAAUCCUUAUACAGGGGACCGUCCGCCAAUGUCAGGGUCAACGGCCACUUAUCCACACCCUUUCAGAUAAGUAAUGGUACAUGCCAAGGAUGCCCCCUUUCCCCUCUCCUAUUUGUCCUAGCUAUGGAACCCUUCCUUACGGCUAUCAGGAAUAACAACAACAUCCGCGGUCUCCGGUACCCUGGGGGAGAGACGAAAGUAUCCACAUUUGCGGACGACGUCCUCUUCACGAUCACUGAUCACUGAUCCAAUCAACACCCUCCCUCAGAUCCAAACAGAGAUUAGAACCUUUGUGACCUUAUCUAAUUUUAAGAUAAAUGCGGACAAAUGCGAAAUCCUGGGCAUAAAACCAUAAUGGCAGUACAUACUGGAUGACAUAGUGGAAAUUCUCGCAUUGCAAGCCCGUCUGACCCCAUCCCAGGUAAUACUGGGCUGGCCUCGCACCUUUAAGGAGCCACACAAACAACAACUCCUACAGAUUCUGCUCGGGGAAGCCAAUGCUCUUGUGCCAAAGCACUUGCGCCGACCUAGUGUGCCAUCCAGGGAGCAGUGGGUACGGCGGGUUGAAUGUGCGAGAGAAAUGGAAGAAAUACAUUGGUCAGUACUAGGGAGACGGUACAGAUACCUUAAAACAUGGGAGCCCUGGACUGAAUUUUGGAGGAGCCCCCCAGGGAUGGCCCUACCCACACCCCCCUACUUAGACCGGGACUGUCAUAGUAAGACCAUAGGGUUCCAAAUUAAAGGACCAAAUUAAACAUCACCAGGCAAGACAAUACUCCCCCACCCACCCCUCCCCUAUUACCCUUCCCUCCAUCCAGGUUUACUACCCUAUAGGACACCCUCGCCAUAGUAAAUACACCUUCGUAAUAGAAACGAGAUAAGCUGUAAACACCUUACACUCAAGAACCAUAUCCGGUACGUCGGAAUCUCACAUUGAAAGUUGCCCACGCAGCCGAAUAGGACGAACAGAAGUAUUAUUGGUAUUAACUAUGUGCAAUUUUAUUACAAUACCCUACUAUGUUAAAUCUAAACGUUCCUCCUUUUUUCUUCUGUACCCCAUGACUUUUACGCUUUUGAAAAUAAAGAAAAAUUUAUUAAAAAAAAAAAAAAAACUUCCAGGAAAUUCCUGAACACAUGAACUGAUCUGGGCGAUUUCUGGAUAUGUUGGUGACCCAGAUCAGGGCUAUCAUGUAACAGGGAUGUAACAUUUGUGGGCUUUUAUGUAUUUUUAGGGUACUUUUGGGGUGUUUUAAAAAAGUAUGUUUUUCCUGUGCUUGGAGAUAAUUGGAUUAGAAUUAGUACAGUUGCGGAUCCAAUUAUCUCCCAUCCAUAGGGGGUGGAUUGUGUAUUGUAUGUGGGAGUGUCAUGCUUUUAAUCACUGUUCUUAUUGGUUUGUGAGUUUCUGUCCCUGUCCCUAACAAGGUCCAUGUGGGUGUCACCCUUGCAUGGGGACUUGAAUAAAAGGGCAGUGUGGCUACCAUUAAAACAGAAUGCUUUACCCCUUUAUGAAGUCUUGGCUCAUGUUUGGUGGAUUGGAGAACUACAUACACUCUGGGGAUUGCUAUAUCACAAUACUCCCCUGAGUAUAAUCACCAGCUCUUCUAAGAACUGUUCCUGCUACGCUCUCUGGACUAGGAGAGGUCUACCCACUGGAAGCUGGAUCCUUGUCUUGGGUCCAGGGUGAGUGGAGGACCGCGAGACCCCAACGUAGCUGUGUUGUUUGUCGUGGUUUGCGGUAGUUAUGGUGCUCCAGAGCAGUGCUUAUGGUACUCGCAAGUACUAGGAAGCAGCGAUUGACUGAGGUUCCCAGUCAGGGUGCCAGGCGAUCUUUCACAUUGGUGGCAGCAGUGGGAUGACCUAGUGAGUAUAGAAGCAUCCUGGAGACACCUGUAGGAAUGUACAAAUUGAGGGCAACGCUAGUAUCCGUACAGCGCCCCUGUCUACAUCGUAUGGAUUUUUUUAAAAAAAAUUUUUAGGGCAACGCAAGUAUCCGUACAGCAGCCCUGUCUAUAGCAGUAUGGAUUUAUAUUGAGGGCAAGGGUAAUAUCCGUACAGCGUCCCUGUUUACAGCAAUAUGGAACCAGCUAGUUCCCAUACAGCGUUCCUAUAUGAGGAGGAAAAUAAAUUGGAUUUGAGGGAUGCAAUCCGGAAAGACACCUGGUAUGAAGCCCUGGAGGGCGUACAGUGUCGGUGGGGCGAGAGUCUCCCCAGUGACGAGCAGUGGCUACAGAAGCGUGUGGCAAUGCAAAUGUGUCUCUUGGGAGAACAGCCGCUGUAUGAGUGGGUGACAGAACUCAAGAGCCUGGUAUGUAAGGAGCUUUGACUAGAUGACGCCUACCAGGCCCUGUGGUGGUAUACGGUUCGGCAUACCCCCUGGAAGGCCGAGCACGACUGGCCCGAAGGUGAUGAUUUCGAUGGCCUGGGUCUACUAUGGGAUGCCUUGGAGGAGGACAUUGAUUUCGGCAGCUCGGAGGAGUCUAGAUUUUGGGACAUCUAUGACUACAGGGUGGGCAUGCAUGUUUGGGCUGACGCCAGCGAAGUGAGACGAGACAUGACCCACCUAGUAACAAGGAGUGGGAGCUGGAGCAGGACUACCAACACCUGCUCAGCUCAAUUGAGCCCCAAUCUACCCGACAGGCAGAAUCAGAUCUGCAACCCUUCAGCUGGGAAGACCUGACUGAGGUAUCCCCUGCUUCCCUACCAGCUACCAAAGUGGAGGACCUCAUAGACUGAUCAUGCAGGUGGAGAUGGGACCGAGGUCUCUCCACUGGCCCUACAGGGAUGCUGGUCAGCUGGCCCAUAUCCCCAGCUACAGCUGGAGUUACAGGGAGUAGGGACAGUCGGUUCUACUCCUCAGCAGCCAGGUGAGUUACAGGUGGAGACUGUCGGUCUUCCUCCCCAGCGGAAGCCAGAGUUACCAGGAGUAGGGACAGUUGGUCCUACUCCCCAGUGGCAGUGUACCAUACAGGGAGAGGAGACAAUCGGUCUCUCUCCCUAGCAGCCGACAGUAUUGCUGGGAGAGGAGAUUGUUGGUCCCUCAUCCCAGCAGCAGCAAGCAGUCCUGGGGGUCGAGACAGUCGGUCCCACUACCCAGCACCAGGCCGCAUUACCGGGAGUUGAGACAGUCAGUUCGAUUCCCCAGUGGCAGCUUACCUUACAGGGAGAGGAGACAACCGGACUCUCUCCCCAGCGGCAGGGCAAGUUAUUGGGAGUGGAGACGGUCGGUCUCACUCCCCAGCGGCAGUGUGCAUUACAGGUAGAGGAGCCUCUCUCUCCCCAGUGGCAGGGUAAGUUACAGGGAGUGGAGACAGUCGGUCUUAGUCCCCAACGGCAGUGUGCAACACAGGGAGUGGAGACAGCCGGUCUCUCUCCCCAGCAGCAGCUGGAUAUACUGGAAGAGGAGACAGCUGGUCCCUCUCCCCAACUACAGGGGGACAACACACCUGAGCCCAAUGGUGCAGAUGGGACCGCGGUCUCUGCAUCAGACCUACAGGGAUGCUUGACGGCUGGUCCAGAUUCCAAACCAACACCGCAGGACUGCCAGGAGGAGGAGGUAGGCGAUCCCUUCACUGCACAGCAGAUCCUCAACCAGGUUCUGGGGGUAGCAUCCGCUGAACCCAUCCCAGCAGAAGCUGGCAUCUGGGCAGAGAGCAGCUGACCUCUGCCUCUCCUUUCCCUUUUGUCCAGGGCCUGAAAACCAGCAGGCCACCCCAGCAGAAGCCCUGGCAACAGGGCAGAGCGCAGUUGGCCUCUGCCCACCACAUACUUACGUUAUGCCUGGGAGCACAAGGGAAAUCGUGGGUGGCAGACAUGCCCUCUGCCGCAUGGGACAGACAGGACAAAGCUGGACACCUGAGAACUACAGGUCAAGUACUUGGUUGUGGGUGGGUUGCUCGACUAACUCAGGUACUGACCGACAGGAGGUCAGCUACCUGGUUAGUCUCCCCUUGGGAGGGAAGAUAUGUGAUGAAAGUAACCUCGUCACUGGCUUUUGGAGGGGCCUGUUUGCCAGCCUCCUACCCUGUGACUAUGGCCCCUGCAAUAGACCUGGCUCAAAUACUUUAAACAGGCUCUGUUCAUGUGAGUUAUGUACUUUUGUACUCCAGACAGAGAGACCGACCGUUAGCCCUGAUUCCCUGGAAUUGUUUUGGGCAUAGGAUCAGGGGCACGGUCGGUCAAAAAUAAGACUUCCGGAAAAUUCCUGAACUCCUGAGCUGGGUGAUUUUUGGAUAUGUUGGUCACCCAGAUCAGGGCUAUCAGGGGAUGUAACAUGUUCGUGGGGUUUUAUGUAUUUAGGGUACUUUUGGGGUGUUUUUUAAAAGUGUGUUUUUUCCUGUCCUUGGAGAUAAUUGGAUUAGAAUUAGUACAGUCGCUGAUCCAAUUAUCUCCCAUACAGGGAUACCGGGAAAUUUUCCGGUGGGCCAUCGGCACCUGGGGCCGGCAGGCAGCUGGUUAAUCGCAUGGGGAGCUCUGAUGGUGGCCGCAUGGGGGAGCUGGCUCUUUUGGCAGCCGCAAAGGGAGCUCUUUUGGCGGCCGCAGGGGGAGCUGGCUGUUCUGUCUCUGCUCCCCCUCCCCAGCGCGCCGCUUAAUGAGACCAGACCUGGAAUAUAAUGAUAUAUUCUGGCUCCGGUUUCAUUAAGCGGCGCGCUGGGACGGGGGAGCAGAGACAGAACAGCCAUGCGGCCGCCAAAAGAGUCAGCUCCCGCAUGCGGCCGCCAUCAGAGCUCCCCAUGCGGCCGCCAGCACACAGGUAGCAAUUAUGUGUGUCAGUGUAUGUGUGUGUGUGUCUGUGUCAUUUGUGUGUGUGUCUGUCUGUGCCAUGGUGUGUGUGCCUGUGUCAGUCUCUGUCUGUGUCAUGGUGUGUGUGUGUCUGUCUGUGUCAUGCAAUGUGUGAGGAACUGACUCUGCUCGGUUUUGAACCCUGGUUUACAUGGUGCUAAACCUCUUCCUUACCAGUACACCAGCCUGCCUUUUGCAAAUUUACUUGAGAUCUGAUACCAUUGCUUGUAGAGUCAAGGUUAUCAGUGACAACUCUCUUCAGCUGUGUCUGGUCAGGUGUCUGGUUCUUGGCCUAUAAAAGCCACUUCCUGUCUCUGUACCUUUGCCAGAUUAUUGUGGUUCCUGUACUCUCUAAUCAAGCGUGUUCCUGUUUCUCCUUCCUGUUGCUGAAUUUGGACUGUUUUGACUUUGCUGCUUCUCCUUCCCACUGACCUCGGCUUGCCUCACUACGAUUAUCAUCUUUCUGUUCCAGUCUCCCAUCUCUGCUUAAGACCAGAAGGCCACUCAAGGCUCAGGGGCUCAACCACCUGGGUAACGAGUGGCUACCUCUGGCAGAAAACAUUGCUGAUCUGGCUACUGGACUCCAAAACUUUGUAACAUCAAUAUCAUUACAGAAUAAUCUGGCCAUUCAUGGAGACCGUCGGAUCAGAUUCUGCAUUGGCCCAGCAGGUUGCUUUUAAUGCAAGAACUAUGCAGACCCAGGCACAGACCAUUCAAGUGCUGCAGGAUCAGGUAGCUGAACUGCAAAAUGAAGUUCGAUCAAUGCAUAGUGAACUUACCAGCUACAGGGCACAUGAUGUUGCGGCUGCUGCUACUACUACUGUUACACCUGCACAAGAUGCCCGCUUGCCUCUACCAGAAAAAUUUGGAGGAGACCGCAAAAAAUUUAGGGGUUUCCUAAAUCAAUGCCGUUUGCAUCUCAUGAUGUUACCUAACCGUUUUCCAUCUGAAAGAGAGAAGGUGGGAUUUAUUUUUUCCCUCUUCAAAGAUGAAGCCCUGGCCUGGGGCUCCCCUUUUCUGGAAACAGUAGACGGUUCUCCACUUACGUCAGGCCCGGUUACACAUGAGACUGUGCCCUUAAAAUUGAUUCUGGAAGUAAAUCACCAUGAGUCUAUAUCUUUCCACCUAAUUUCCUCAACACAGUUUCCAGUGAUUUUGGGUAUACCCUGGCUUGCUCUGCAUAACCCACAGAUUGAUUGGAAGACUAGAACUUUGUCCUUUCCUUCAGAACACUGCUUAAUGAAUUGUCAACCCUCUAAGGCGACACCUGUUACCACAACAAUUAAUGAAAUGGUUGCUACAAACUUAACUAAGCUUCCGCUACAAUAUCGGGAUUUUGCAGAUGUCUGUGAUAAGAAGAAUGCUGAUCAGCUUCCACCUCACAGGCCUUAUGAUUGCCCCAUAGAGCUGCUACCUGGAGCUGCUAUCCCAUUUGGCCGUAUAUACUCCCUUUCUGAGCCUGAAUUGAAAGCACUUCGUGAAUACAUACAAGAAAAUCUUGCCAAAGGCUUUAUUCGACCAUCCACUUCUCCAGCAGGAGCUCCUAUAUUCUUUGUAGAAAAGAAAGAUGGCAGUCUACGGCCAUGUGUCGAUUACAGGGACAUUAAUAAAAUCACUGUUAAAAACCGUUAUCCCUUGCCUCUCAUUCCUGAACUUCUGGAGAGACUUCGUUCAGCUAAAAUAUUUACGAAGCUUGAUCUACGGGGGGCAUAUAAUCUGGUUCGCAUAAGACCAAAUGAUGAAUGGAAAACAGCUUUCAGAACCAGGUACGGACAUUACGAAUAUCUAGUAAUGCCAUUUGGGCUUUGUAAUGCCCCUGCAACUUUUCAGCAUCUAAUCAAUGAUGUACUACGGGAUCUCCUGGAUCAGUUUGUUGUGGCAUAUUUGGAUGAUAUCCUGAUAUUUUCUGAUAAUCUUGAAAAUCACAGAAAACAGGUCUGCAUUGUUCUUGAGCGCCUUCGUACCCACCACCUAUACAUUAAACUGGAAAAAUGUGAGUUUGAACAAACAGAAAUUCAGUUCCUGGGGUAUGUAAUAACUCCUAAAGGUUUAAGUAUGGACGCAAGUAAAAUUAAAGCUGUGCUGGACUGGCCCAUCCCCAAGAAUGAAAAAGAUAUACAGAGAUUUGUGGGGUUUGCCAAUUUUUAUAGGCGUUUCAUUAAGAAUUUCUCUGCCGUUAUUACACCGAUCACUGAACUUACACGUAAAGGGACUCCUUUUCAGUGGUCCAAUAAGGCUGACAUUGCAUUUUCCAGAUUAAAGACUCUAUUUACAUCUGCCCCUAUCUUGGUACAUCCUCAGCCAGAAUUGCCAUUUACUGUAGAGGUAGAUGCUUCUGAUUCAGCUGUUGGGGCUAUACUGUCUCAAAGGACUGGACCUAAGAUGUUGUUACAUCCAUGUGCCUUCUAUUCCCGCCAGAUGUUACCAGCAGAAAGAAAUUAUGACAUAGGGAAUAAAGAACUUUUGGCUAUAAAAGCUGCCUUCACCGAAUGGAGACAUCUCUUGGAGGGAGCCACUCAUCCAAUUACUGUCCUCACAGAUCACAAAAAUCUGGAAUGUAUCCAAUCCGCUAAGAGACUGUCAGCCAGACAAGCACGCUGGUCCCUAUUUUUCUCAAGGUUUAAUUUUUUUAUUUCAUACCGCCCUGGUUCCAGAAAUGGCAAAGCAGAUGCCUUGUCUAGGAUAGCUGACCCUCUCCAUACUACAGUAACCAAGGCCACCAUCUUGCCGGAGAGCAGAUUUUUAGGAGUUACCUUUCCUUCUGAUCUAAUGUCUCGCAUUAAAAAGGGCUACUCUAAAGAUCCAGUUUUUCGUGAUCCUCCUCGUGAUCUUCAUAUGACCAUGCUUAAUGGGUUUUGGAUUUUUCAAAAACGUCUGUUUGUUCCAGAAUCAGUGCGACUGGACGUUUUACGCCUCUACCAUGACUCUAAAUCAGUGCGACUGGACGUUUUACGCCUCUACCAUGACUCUAAACCAGCAGGUCAUCCAGGAAUCCGAAAGACACAAGAACUACUUACCCGAUCCUUUUGGUGACCUAAAUAUUAUGAGGAUGUUAAGAAGUAUGUGUCCUCUUGUGAUGUAUGUGCCAGACAUAAGACUCCUCGCUCAUCCCCUGUUGGCUUGCUUCAGCCUCUUCCGAUUCUCCAUCGUCCCUGGGGAUCUAUAUCCAUGGACUUUAUUGUGGAACUACCUCCCUCUAAGGAACACACUACCAUUCUUGUUGUUGUGGACCGGUUAACUAAGAUGAGUCAUUUCAUACCAGCUCGUGGUCUCCCUUCAGCUAAACAGACUGCUGACCUUGUUAUUCGGGAAAUAUUUCGCUUGCAUGGAGUGCCUGAUGAAGUAAUUUCUGACAGGGGAGUGCAGUUUACAUCUCAUUUUUGGAAAUAUUUUUGUUCUAUUCUAGGUAUUAAUGUAAAUCUGUCUUCAGCUUUUCAUCCACAAAGUAAUGGACAGACUGAGCGAACCAACCAGACUUUAGAACAAUAUUUGCGGUGCUAUAUCAGUUACCUGCAGGAUGACUGGCUGGAUUUUCUACCCACGGCGGAGUUUGCCUAUAACAAUGCCCAACACUGCUCCACUUCUCUGAGCCCAUUUUUUGCCAAUUAUGGUUACCAUCCAACCUUUCUAGUGAGUCUCCCAAUUACUACUCCCAUUCCUGCAGUCACUGACCGGCUAACCGCCUUACGAGAUUCCCAAGAACUGUUGAAGGAGACUCUUUCGGAGGCUCAGGAAUGUUACAAAAGAGCUGCUGAUAGGCACAGAAAGGAGGCCCCAGUUUAUCAUGUUGGUGACAAGGUUUGGCUGUCAACAAAGAAUCUUAAGCUUAGGAUUCCUUCUCAUAAAUUGGGUCAAAAGUUCAUGGGACCUUUUGAGAUAAUCGCUCAGAUCAAUGCAGUCACCUUCCGUCUGCAACUUCCGGAUUCCAUGAAAAUACAUCCGGUGUUUCACGUGGCACUGCUUAAACCUUUUCAUGAAAAUACUUUCCCUGGUCGAGCCUUGCCUGCCCCACCACCAGUCCUCGUGGAUGGUGAAGAUGAAUACGAGGUGGAAAAAAUUCUUGACUCCAGGAUCUUCCGCAACAAGCUUCAAUAUUUGGUUCAUUGGAAAGGCUAUGGUGAGGAGGAUAGAUCGUGGGAACCAGUGGACAAUAUUCAUGCUCCUGAUCUUCUUCAGUCUUUCCAUGCACAGUACCCUGCUAAACCAGGAAAUAAGGCAUCCAGAGGCUGCGCCUGUAGAGGUUGAGGUAAUGUGAGGAACUGACUCUGCUCGGUUUCGAACCCUGGUUUACAUGGUGCUAAACCUCUUCCUUACCAGUACACCAGCCUGCCUUUUGCAAAUUUACUUGAGAUCUGAUACCAUUGCUUGUAGAGUCAAGGUUAUCAGUGACAACUCUCUUCAGCUGUGUCUGGUCAGGUGUCUGGUUCUUGGCCUAUAAAAGCCACUUCCUGUCUCUGUACCUUUGCCAGAUUAUUGUGGUUCCUGUACUCUCUAAUCAAGCGUGUUCCUGUUUCUCCUUCCUGUUGCUGAAUUUGGACUGUUUUGACUUUGCUGCUUCUCCUUCCCACUGACCUCGGCUUGCCUCACUACGAUUAUCAUCUUUCUGUUCCAGUCUCCCAUCUCUGCUUAAGACCAGAAGGCCACUCAAGGCUCAGGGGCUCAACCACCUGGGUAACGAGUGGCUACCUCUGGCAGAAAACAUUGCUGAUCUGGCUACUGGACUCCAAAACUUUGUAACAUCAAUAUCAUUACACAAUGUGUGUCUGUGUCAUUGUGUGUGUGUGUGUUUGUCAUGGUGUCUGUGUCAUGGUCUCUCUGUGUCGUAGUGUGUGUGUGUGUCUGUGUGUCAUGGUGUGUGUGUCUGUCUGUGUCAUGUAAUGUGUGUCUGUGUCACGGUGUGUGUGUGUGUCUGUGUCAUGGUCUGUCUGUGUUAUGGUGUGUGUGUUUGUCAUGGUGUGUGUCUGUAUGUCAUGGUGUGUGUGUGUCUGUCUGUGUCAUGUAAUGUGUGUCUGUGUCACGGUGUGUGUGUGUCUGUGUCAUGGUCUAUCUGUGUUAUGGUGUGUGUGUGUGUCUUUUAUAAGGUGUGAAUGUCUGUCAUGGUGUGUGUGUGUGUGUCUCUGUCAUGGUGUGUCUGUGUUUCUGUCUGUGUCAGUGUGUGUGUAUUUCUGUCUGUGUUACAGUGUGUGUGUCUGUGUCACGGUCUGUCUGUGUCAUGGUGUGUUUCUGUCAUGGUAUGUGUGUGUGUAUAUGUGUUUUUACUCACUUAUUUUCCCCCCCACGUCAUGCUGGUCUCCCCUCGACUGGCCCUGCCUCUAUGGCUGAGAUCAUGAAGCCUGAUGAUCUCAGCCAAUCCGCACUGACACAGGAAGCACCUCUAGUGGCCAUCAGAGUGUCUGUCACUAGGAGGCAAUGUAAACACUACCUUUUUUCUAAAAAGUCAGUGUUUACAUUGAAAAGCCUGCAGGGACAGGCUAUAAUGCAUCUUGGACGUAAAAACCCAAGGGCAGAGUACAGAAUAUUUGAUAGAGUCCUAACCUCAACAUAUGAGGAAAGGGAUUUAGGGGUGAUUAUUUCUGAUGACUUAAAAGGUAGGCAGACAAUGUAAUAGAGCAGCAGGAAAUGCUAGCAGAAUGCUUGGUUGUAUAGGGAGAGGUAUUAGCAGUAGAAAGAGGGAAGUGCUCAUGCCAUUGUACAGAACACUGGUGAGACCUCACUUGAGUAUUGUACACAGUACUGGAGACCGUAUCUUCAGAAGGAUAUUGAUACCUUAGAGAGGGUUCAGAGAAGGGCUACUGAACUGGUUCAUGGAUUGCGGGAUAAAACUUACCAGGAAAGGUUAAAGGACCUUAACAUGUAUAGCUUGGAGGAAAGACGAGACAGGGGGGAUAUGAUAGAAACAUUUAAAUAUAUAAAAGGGAAUCAACACAGUAAAGGAGGAGACUAUAUUUAAAAGAAGAAAAAACUACCACAACAAGAGGACAUAGUCUUAAAUUAGAGGGACAAAGGUUUAAAAAUAAUAUCAGGAAGUAUUACUUUACUGAGAGGGUAGUGGAUGCAUGGGAUAGCCUUCCAGCUGAAGUGGAAGAGGUUAACACAGUAAAGGAGUUUAAGCAUGCGUGGGAUAGGCAUAAGACUAUCCUAACUAUAAGAUAAGGCUAGGGACUAAUGAAAGUAUUUAGAAAAUUGGGCAGACUAGAUGGGCCGAAUGGUUCUUAUCUGCCGUCACAUUCUAUGUUUCUAUGUUUCUAUAGACACCAGAGCCACUACAUUAAGCUGUGUGUGUGUGUGUGUGUGUCUGCUACUGAGUGAGCUUGUGUUUUUAUUUCAAAGACCUUAUGUUUAUCAGUGAGAUUGUUUGUCUAUGAGGCUGUGUAUCAAUUAGCUUGUGUCAGUGAGAUUGGGUCUGCAUGUGAGUAUGCUUACUGUAUAAUUAAAUAUUUUACUCUGAAAGGACCAAUAUUUUAUAUUGGAAAAAGCAAUAUAUAUAUAUAUAUAUAUAUAUAUAUACACACACACAUACAUAUGAAACAAGAGGGGGUUGGCUGCACUCACCUGAACAUGCAUAAAUGGGGGUGCUGCUGGGGGCCAAAUAAUACAAAACACAAGAUCCAGCGCACUCACCUAUCCACUAAACAGCAACUUCAAUGUUGAAAGAUUUUAUUAGUUUUUUUAAAAACAACUAAUCUAGGCAAAAAUAAUGGGGGUUUAGUUACAUUAUAUGAUCAUACAUUGCAUAAGCCUGCCACAACGUCAAUGUACCCCAUCUUUGGCAGGUCCUACACUAACAGCCUAAUGUCUGCUCUUAUGAGAUUAACCACUUACUUGAGGUAAAAAAUUCCAUCUGGGGCUCUCUGCAGUACAAGGCUAAAUAGGGCCCUGGGAUGAGGCACCUGUGACAGGGAGGGGUGCAAAACCAAGGAGUUGGCUAGACUCCCAAAUAUAUAUAUAUGAAACAAGGGGGGGUUGGCUGCACUCACCUGAACAUGCAUAAAUGGGGUGCUGCUGGGGGCCAAAUAUUACAAAACACAAGAUCCAGCGCACUCACCUAUCCACUAAACAGCAACUUCAAUGUUGAAAGAUUUUAUUAGUUUUUUUAAAAACACCUAAUCUAGGCAAAAAUAAUGGGGGUUUAGUUACAUUAUAUGAUCAUACAUUGCAUAAGCCUGCCACAGCGUCAAUGUACCCCAUCUUUGGCAGGUCCUACACUAACAGCCUAAUGUCUGCUCUUAUGAGAUUAACCACUUACUUGAGGAAAAAAUUCCAUCUGGGGCUCUCUGCAGUACAAGGCUAAAUAGGGCCCUGGGAUGAGGCACCUGUGACAGGGAGGGGUGCAAAACCAAGGAGUUGGCUAGACUCCCAAAUAUAUACAUAUGAAACAAGGGGGGGUUGGCUGCACUCACCUGAACAUGAACAUGUCAUAAGAGCAGACAUUAGGCUGUUAGUGUAGGACCUGCCAAAGAUGGGGUACAUUGACGUUGUGGCAGGCUUAUGCAAUGUAUGAUCAUAUAAUGUAACUAAACCCCCAUUAUUUUUGCCUAGAUUAGGUGUUUUAAAAAAAAAACAAAUAAAAAUCUUUCAACAUUGAAGUUACUGUUUAGUGUAUAGGUGAGUGCGCUGGAACUUGUGUAUGUGUAUAUAUAUAUAUAUAUAUAUAUAUAUAUAUAUAUAUAUAUAUAUAUAUAUAUAUAUAUAUAUAUAUAUAUAUAUAUAUAUAUAUAUGGGAGUCUAGCCAACUCCCUGGUUUUACACCCCUCCCUGUCACAGGUGCCUCAUCCCAGGGCCCUAUUUAGCCUUGUACUGCAGAGAGCCGCAGAUGGAAUUUUUUUCCUCAAGUAAGUGGUUAAUCUCAUAAGAGCAGACAUUAGGCUGUUAGUGUAGGACCUGCCAAAGAUGGGGUACAUUGACGUUGUGGCAGGCUUAUGCAAUGUAUGAUCAUAUAAUGUAACUAAACCCCCAUUAUUUUUGCCUAGAUUAGGUUUUUUUUAAAAAACUAAUAAAAUCUUGAGGUUGCUGUUUAGUGGAUAGGUGAGUGCGCUGGAUCUUGUGUUUUAUAUAUAUAUAUAUAUCUCGAUCAUCUAGGGUGGCAAGACAUAGCCUUACAUAUUACAUGCGACAAUAUAUGGCGCAAUGACUUAUGGGGCUGGCAUAGAUUUUUUUUCCAGGGCUGCUUUAGAAUCCCCAGUCCGGCCCUGCUCCCAUACAGAGGGGAUGGAUUGUGUAUUGUAUGUGGGAGUGUCAUGCAUUUAAUCACUCUUCAUAUUGGUUUGUCAGUUGUGUCCCUGUCCCUAACAAGGUCCAUGUGGACGUACCCCUUGCAUGGGGACUGGCAUAAAAGGCCAGUAUGGCUACCAUUAAAACAGAAUGCUUUACCCCUUCAUGAAGUCUUGGCUCAUGUUUGGUGGAUUGGAGAACUACACACACUCUGGGGAUUGCUAUAUCACAAUACUCCCCUGAGUAUAAUCACCAGCUCUUCUAAGAGCUGUUCCUGUUAUGCUCUCUGGCCUCGGAGAGGUCUACCCAUUGGAAGCUGGAUCCUUGUCUUGGGUCCAGGGUGGGUGGAGGAUUGCAGAACCCCAACCAAGCUGCGGUGUUUCCUGGGGUUUGCUGUGGUUAUGGUGCUCCAGAGCAGUGCUUAUGGUACUCGCAAGUACUAGGAAGCAGCGAUUGACGGAGGUACUCGGUCGGGGUGCCAGGCGGUCCGUCACAGUUGUAUUUACAUUUUGCCAAAAACAUGCCUUUUGUGGCUGCCAAACACUCUUGUACCAUAACACCUUUACCACUCCCUGCUUGAUAAUCCCGUCAUCCUAGUAACAAUCAUAUUACAAUAUCCUCAUACUCAACUGCCAUUACCUCUCAGGCCAUGCAAUGCUAGAGGUAGAGGGGUAGAGUUUUUUUCUUUUCCCCUAUUAUUCCUUCCACCCAUUGUCCCCUUGUUCUUCUCUCUGUCUUUUUCCUCUCUUGAAAUCCACUCCAUCCGUCUCUUCAAUCCUCUUCCGGUCUGUGUUGCCAUUAUCUUCCAUCCCCCUGGCUCUCCUAUACUAUUCCUUGAUCGUUUCUCUACUUGGCUUCCUUUAUUUGUUUCCUCAGACAUUCCUUCUCUCGUCCUUGGCGACGUUUGCAUCCUAUUAACCAACCUAACAAUUUAGUAGCAUCUAGAUUUCUAUCUAUCACCUCCUCCUCAAUCAACACAUUAAAUCUAACUCAUCUUGGGAUAUUAGAUAUCUGAGCUCCCUUGAUUUGCAUUCCUUAUUUUCCUCUCUCCAGUCUCCACUUUAUCCUGUCUCUCUCAAGCUACCUCAUACUACAAUUAUGUAAUGUCCACCAGUCUGACAUGGCUGUAUCUAUUAAAGCAUACUAUAAACGACUGCCAUGCUUUUAACCCUGACACAGGAAGUUAACCCGCUAUCUCAAACGAUGUCCCCAUAUUGCAGAGCAUUGUUGGAGAAAAUCUCUAGCUACACUUGACUUUCUGCAUUACAAAUUCAUGAAUUGUUAAACCCCCUAUAUAUAUAUCCAUGUGUGCUAGGCCCAUGAUGUUUACAUUUGAAGAAGCCCUUGAUUUUGCGAAACGUGUUGUGUUCUACUAUGUAUUUCAGCAUUAAAGCCUAUCUGGCUUUCAUCUAUUUUAUUGUGUCAGACCAUUUAUUACACAUUGUUGCUUUUAAAUACUUUUUUAAAAUCCAUUUAUUGUUGCUGGUAUAUAUCCCGGAAGAAUCUACCCUUCAUCAAUCCCUGAUGAGGAUUAUCCUCUGGAGAAUAUACUUGACAUUAGAUCACUGGUGGGGAUCAUACCACCCAAGCGCUAACAUUUGAAUGGUGUUACUGCUCUAUUAAAUGUGAGUGAACUACCAUCUAUUUUUAUUUUGUUUCUGAUUUAAUCACAGUGAGCACUAUUGAUUGAUUUUGUAUUUUAUCCUUUAUAUUCAUCUGGAUGCUAAGAGACUGAUCCACAGAGCUACAUAUCCAUCAAUGGGGAUUCUAAUGCUUCCCUCAGAGUUGGUUUAUAGCUCUAUUAAAUGUGAGUGCUAGUUCAAAUAUUGUUGUUGUGUGUCCUAUACCUAGCACCAGACAACCUGCAUGAUUAUUGGUUAUUUUCUGUUUUAUUGCAUAUGUAACAAAUGGAGGAGCUUAACCUGCUUUAUGGGGACUUUUGCAGGCAUCAGUUCGGGACUUUUUAAGCAUUCCCCAUACUAAUGCUAAGUACCGAACACCGGGCCACCCUGCUUCCUAAUUAUAGAUCAUUUACCUCUCUGUUCGGCACAUUCAGCUCUUAUGGGAAACGCACGAAUGCUUUGUUUCAAUUCCUGGGUGGCCGCCAUUUCGGGACUUUUACACGUAUUCGCAGCCAUCUUAAACUCCCGAACAGUGGUGUUUUGCCGUCGAGUGUCUGGAACUAAAAUCGGACACUCGAGUAGGCGAACACCGCUGAGACCUCUAUAGCACCGGGAAUUUGUGCCAAAACUACCGAACACCCGGCCGUUCGGUAGAAAGACUUAAUAACAUAUGGGGAUUCUAGCGAACGUCGAGUUACGCACGAAUGGCAAGCCUUUUGUGACUUUUAAUGCACGAACAAAGACCGAUCGCAAGGCCAAAAUUCAUGGAACUAUUUUCGGCUACUUUGCCUGUGCGGUCGGUCAAAACUUUAAAGUCCCAUAUCUCCCGAACAGCUGAACCGAAUGGCCUGAAUUUUGACUAUGUUGGUCCCCCAGAAUAGGGCUAUGGAUUUAUGCCUGUACCCCAAGUAUUUGGGGUACAUCCGAACUUUGGGGAAAAAUUUGUUCUUUUUAAUUAUGUUAAUAGCUUAUCUGAGGGGAGGAGAUGUGUGGGAUGUACCUUAUGUUUAUUGGUUGUUCUGUUAAUUAUGUGGGUGUCUCCCUUGCAUGGGCAGAAUCACAUAAAAAUAGAGUGUCUGUCAUUAAAAGCCAGUUCUUCUUGACCCUUCAAAAUGUUUCUCACCUUUAUCCAGCCCUGUGUGGGUGUGGUCACAACUGGCUCCACCCCUGCUCUGCCCCCUAUGCUGAGAUCAUCAAACUUGAUGAUCUCAGACAAUCUAAUUCUUUACCAUAGGAAAGCAUUGGGAGGCAACUGUGCAUGUUCAGCAAAAGGCUGCUCUGCGCAUCAGCAUCUCCUCAUACAGAUGCAUUGAAUCAACCUACCUCGUCUAAUUACAAGAGAAAUAUGUUUUAAACUAUUGUGAAGUACAAUUCCCAAUAUGUGAAGUUACCACUUGUCUAAAAAAAAUCUGCCAAUGGGCUGACAAAAAAAAAUAAAUGUUAUGAAACAAAAACAAACAGAAGUUAAGAACAUUAAGAACAAGCAAUAUGUAAUAGCCUAAAUAGAUAUAAAACAUAUCUGUUCUUGUGCUUCUAAAAACUGUAAAAGCUUAAAUACAUUGGAAGGUAGACCUGUGUGCUGCAAAAACAUUAAAUUUGUCCAAACAUUUUGGUCAAAACAAAAAAAUUUAGGGGGAAUUGUGUUUCGUCCAUGUAGCAUUUUGGUUUGGACAAAUUUCGUUCAUGUAACAAUUUCAGAAAAACCGAUUCAGACGAACCAAAAUAGUGUGAAAAUGCAGCACUAUACCACUAUAUAACAUACCACUAUAGUUAAGCAGAUGCUAUCUAUAAUAAUAUCUAUGCAGUACUAACCUGCCUAUCUAUCAAUCAAUGUAUCUAGUGCACUACAAGAGAAACGUAGGUGAGCACAUAGUGGAGAGGCUCUGCCUGAAAAUUGCAUUGUCAAAAUAACAAGACAAUAGUGACAAAGUGCAUCACAUACCUCAAACAUAAGAUGAUUAUUUACUUUUGUUUGCAUGCAGGUGAUGCAUCGCCCACAAACGAACAACUAAAUAAAAACAAAAACAAACCACAAAAAAACCCCAAAAGACCUAGAAACAUACUAGAGCUCAAAAGCUCUAAUAAUAGCGCUGAAGCUCCCAUGCGAGAGCACUUCAAUGGCACCAAUAAAUAUAAUACAAUGGUUGUAUAUACAUAAAUAUGGAGUGAGUAUGUGUUUGAAUACAGUUUUGUUUUAAAUCUGGUUUUGUUUUCAUUAAUUAUGCAAUAAAGAAAGAGCAUUUUACAGCUUCAGAAAACCGAGCCUAGCGUGGCGGCACAUCAAAACAUACAAUUGAGAACAUAUGCGGAACUUUUAGAUCCAAUUUGGCGUAGGCGAAAGAAAAUCACAUGCUGGGGCAUUAAUUGUGUGCGUCACUUGGUAAUAGCAAUCGAACAAGACAUAAGAUAGGUACAGGUCGGUAAAAGCUAAAAAGAAAUUUAAAUGAAUAGAGCGUUAAGUGAAGACAUUCUUCGACAUGGAGUACAUGUGCAUGCUAUCAUUAUCUCACUAUUUGUCUUUUCCCUGGACAUCGCUUUAUGUAGGCAAAUGUGAGUAUGCACUGUAGUAUUAGCGUUAUUAAAGUAAAAGCAGAAUUAAAAAGCAGGAGUCUUAUCACUAAAGAAAAAAAACAAAACACUACACGUUCAUGGUGUCCGAUCUCCAACAAGGAGGGUUUUGAGAAAAAGGAGUGAGGCCUAUUAUGUGAAGACCCAUGUUCGGGUGUCUAUGAGGUUAUUCCCCUAACACUUCCAUGGAUCUUGAACCUGUCAUGUGUGGCCCGCAAAAAAACAAACCCUUAAUCACAUUUAUUUCAACUUCUCUAUUCCUCCAGCCCUACCAAGGGUUCCUCCUGCUUUCCUCCCCCAUCAUUCAGGAGGCAACUGAUUGCUAUGGUGCAGGACAUGUAUAUAAGUGCAUCCAGCUGUCCAUAUUGUUGAAACAUAGGGCCCCCCCGGGGCGCCAAAACCCCCUAUGAGCCCCCCAAAACCAGCCUCAACUCUUCAUCAGUGCAGAUGGUAAUUUGACAGUUACCUGAGAAGCCGCAGAGAAUGUUGGCUUCACCCUGCUGGUGUUACCUACCUGACUCUCUUUGAGUGCUGCACACGGAUACACCUAUUUGCCAGGAGGGUAUACUGAAACCUACUUACCAUUAAGGGCUGCGGCAUGCUAUAUUGAAGCCUUCGAGGGGUGCUUUCCUGCCCUGGAGCUGUGGAGCUCUUAAUCUCUGGGUUUGAGGGGAGACACAGAGUGAAUCGUCCCUGACACUGAGAGCCCUGUGGGACUUGUGGCUUUGGUGUACCAGUGGCUGGAGAUGGAGGGUGCCUGAACCAAGCGUGUGGCCAGAGUUGGGUGAGACAUAAGACGAUACACACUUGACAGGAGCUAAAGUGGCGCAGGGGAGGUGCAGGGGCACUGUGGUCUGUGUAUUCAUGGUGAGGGUGUAGGCCACUGAUAAUCGCUAUGUAUAUGUGCGUUGUAAUGGCUGCUGGCAUGGCAGCACACGUGACCACGUCCGAGCAGAGUGGUCAAGCUUACAAUCACAAACACUUACCUCAGGCGUGGCAGACCACAGCCCAAUCCGCCAGUACUGCAGCCCCCGGUGAGCAUAGUGUUUUACUGGCCACUGUCUUCCACGGAGUUAAGUAUCCUCUCCUCUGACCAAGUUAAUGGCCACGCAAAUUUUGGAAUCAUAUGACCCUGUUACUAUUUUUCAUUGCUCUGUUGUGGUUUCCACUGCUGGUUAUCCAAAAGCGCAUUCUUUGAAUUUGUAUUCUGGCUUUUGAUCUUGGCUCGUUCCUGACUAUCCGUACUGCAUGUAUCCUUGACCUUUUGGCUUUGUCUAUUUGUUUAUGCUUCUGUCUGUGUUCCCGACCUCGGCUGACAAUUCUCUCUAAGUUACAUCCAGCCGUUCUAAGGCCCGGUAAUAUGUUUAUUUAUAUUUUGUAUUGUUUCAGUGUUUUUCUUAGUUCUGCGUUUUGGGCCACAGUAUUGUCUUUACAUGCACUUUGGGAAUGUUGGGCCUGGGCCCCCACUGGCGAUAUGGGCCCCAUUCUGGCAUAUUUGCUGACCACCCCCAUCCCAAUUGCGACCCUCUUUAUUAUACAGCAUUUUCACACCAUGCUCGGUUUGUCCAACUCGUUUUUCCUGAAUGGUUUGCAUGGACGAUAUUCUGUCUAAGCCAAAAUGCCACAUUGAAGAAAUUCAGGGAUUUUUUUUUUUUUUAUUAGAUGAAAGAAAUCUGUCGAUCCAAAUUUUUCUGCUUCAUCCGCCACAGAGGCCUUUAGCAACCUAUCACCUCAGUGUCACAAUAUCCUAUUUAAAGGGUGUAAACCAUAACCACAGUUAACAUAAUAUGUGCAAAAUUAAUAAAUAAAAUAAAAACAAUCAAUUAUACACCAAAUUCAUAACCUUACAUGCCCCAGUGCAAAAACAGGGCAUUCAUAAUUAUUAAAUUCAUAAUAGAUUAAAAAGUUAAUCCAUGAGAAAAAAACAAGAAAAGGAAUAGUAAAACAGAAGGGAAAAAUUAUCAAUAUUGCUAAAUAAGGAUAAAUGCAGCAAUAGCCCCAUACCUACAUACACCUGAAAGGAUUCCAAAAUAGGAUGUCCAAAUAUGACUAUGGAGACUACCAGAUAAUUUACCAACCAGGCGGUUAGAGGUAGGGUUAGGGAAUUGCUGAAGUCUCAAAUUCCUGAAGUCUCAAAGUCCCGAAUUGGCAAAUUUUGGAAGUGCCGAACCGAGGUGCCAAAGUGCUGAAUUGCCGAAGUCCCGAAUUUCGGAAGUGCCGAACUGAACUGAAUUUUUUCCCCAUGUACAUCCCUAGAAAAGAUAUACAAGGGAUGGUGGUAUACAAUAAAGUGUGGGUAUGUAAGACUUAUAUAUACACCUAUACAAAUAUAUACAAAACAUAAAAGUAAAAAAAUAUGUAUAAAUAGGCAUAUAUUUGCACACCUGUCUAAUCCAAAUGAAACAUUACCAGUAAAAACAUAUAUAUUAUAUAAACUUAUAUCUAGUGACAACCUGAAGAUAUAUAUAUUUUUGAAAUUUUAUAAUAUAAUUUUUAAAUUAAACAUGAUAAGACAAUAAUGACGAAAAUGCCUAUCAAGAUGAUCUUAUCUAUAAGCAAUCCUUAGUGCCCGGACCUAAUUUAUAAAUCUACUAAACUGGGUUUUUCCAACGCUGACUCUGAUAAGCACCUGGAUUCCAAGCAGAAGAUUACCAGGAAUCCCUUACAAGGAAUAGCUCAAGACUUGCAGAGCAGUGGCAUCCAUGAAUGGGAGAUGAACCUGGAGAUUAGAUAUGCGGCAGAGAAUGGGGAGCACACCUUUCCCUUUCUUUUCUAACUAUCCACUUUCUGUUCAUUUGUUGUUCUUGUAAGUUCAUAUAGACAUUAAGGUAGCAUAGAACUGAAGACGCAAUAAUUACAACAGGCGAAGUUAAAAAAAAAAAGUUAUUCGAUUUCUCAAUAAUUAAUCUGAUUUGGAGGUCAUAUAGAGGCACCUGCACAAUAGGGUCCAAGUUAGAACACUCACAGAGAUGGUGGGAGACAUGACUAUUGCUUGCACCAUCAUUAUGAGAUUAACCCUUACAUAUUAGAGAAAUCAACUCUGUUUCAAGUGCAGUGGGAUUCCCUGCAUAUAACACACCGAUAGUAGAUUAAUAGUAGAUAAACCCAUGUUGUAGUAAAUGUAACUCCAUACCUAUCACACAAUGUGCUUCCAAUAUGUGCAAUUCUUAUCGAAUGAUAUUGUAAUACACGAAUAAACGCUCAUCUCACUGUGUUAUCUACUUGACCUGCUCAUUAGAGCUUAAUAAUGAUAAUCUGAGGAAUAUUUUCUUGAAGGAGCAGUAUCAAUACAAAGCAUUACUACGAUAUACUGGGUAUCUGCGAAUCUCAAAACAGUUAAUGGUUUACCAACCAUGCAAAGCACGGGUCCUGCGUGGCCAGACAUGAUUUUUGAAAAUGUUUGAGACCUGCGUGUCUCUGUAUAUGCUAUGUUAAAAUUUCUUGCUAAACAAAUAUCCUUAAUAAAAACUUUGAUUUACAACAAAAUUGGGGGGACAUGGCACCUAGACCACUUCAUUUAGUCCUUAAAGGGUUACAUUUCUGACUUUGUUCGCUCUUUGCCCUGCCAUGGUCUAAGAUACCUGAUUGUUCAUUAAAUAGAUUUUUUUUCUCUGGUUUUGGCUCAGUUUCUCUCCUCUUUGUUUUUCUGAUCUAUGUUCUCCUUGACUUUGGCUUGCUCACUGAUUUUGUUUUGUUACCCUUGACUGCCACCUGGCUCUGACUAUUCUCUUAGUUUGCUAUUAAACUGUACCUUUUCCUUACACUUUAAGUCGGGUCAUUCUAAGAAUUGAUAAAAUAUUUUUCCAUCACUGGUUUCCUAGAGGUUUGUGUGUGGGAUACGAAGAAUGCUUUCAAAAGGCUCUAGCUUUCUAAUAUUUUCUGUGAUCUGCUGUCUAGCUGAGCAUUAUGGGAAACACUGUCCGUAAAAAGUAGCUUUAACACUGUGUACUAAUCUGCAUCUGAUCUGUGCCUUGAUUAACAACUGGAGCAGCCUAAAUAGGUCCUAUUUGAGCAACUCCGGUUGUAAAUAUGAGUGGACUAUUUCGUCUCCAAGCUCACUGCACACAUACCUUCUGUGCCAUAGUUCCCCAUAGGAUGGACUCCCUGUGUCCAAUGUCCUACUGGAUGUUCUCCUUUACCCACAGGAUUGAUUCCCUCUGCCCCAUGAUCUACAGGAUGGAUUUCCAGUGUCCUAUUGGAUGGAUUCCCUGCCCUCAUUACCCAUAGGAAGAUUUUCUACAGCUCACAAUCUGUUGGCUAGAUUUCCUGUCACCCAUUACCGAUAUGAUCGAUUCCUUCUAACUCAUGUUUUCCAAAUGGCUGUGAAUAGCAGGUCAAGAGCAUAAGACCACAUACGCAAAGUCAAGACUUAGGUUUAAGCCCAACAAAAUAUUCUGCUCCAGAAAUCCCAUAUAAUGCAUUGCCCAAUACAGGGGUCAUAUUUGGAUUUUAAAGUUACUCCUUACUGCUCUGCAGACAAACAUUUCCUAUUGUAACCCUUAUGUUCAGACAAAAACAUUUUUGUGCAGAUGAUAUUGAGUUAUUGGUGCCAAAAGAUGAAAAGGAAAUUUAGAUAACUGUGUUUAAUCAUCUCCUAAAUGUUUAUUCAACAAAUCUAUUUAAUUUUUUUUUUAACUAAUCCACAGAAUUUAAAUGGGGAGGAGUUCAUACUUGCACAACACACACCCUAUAAAUAUGGGUUUAAUCAUUUUUUAAAAUUUUUGAGUCAGACUGCAAGUACCAGCUUUAACAUGGCUUUCUAUUCUAACGCAGUGACUCUUUCCCUUGUAUUCCUAUUGGUUAUGAUAUGUGUAAAGCUUUUAACCAGCCUUCCCAAAAAGCUUGCUUAUAGAUUCCCCCCUGGACCUACGCCUCUCCCUCUGAUUGGAAACUUGCACAUUCUUGAUAUAAAAAGACAAGAUUUUACAUUCAUGAAGGUAAUUAUCAUUAUUAUUAUUAUUAUUAUUAUUGGUAUUUAUAUGGCGCCAACUAAUUCCGCAGUGCUUUACAAUAUUAUAGAAGGGGAGGAAAUUUACAAUAGAUGAGACAAUUACACAGGAACAAUAGGUAGAUGAGGACCCUGAUCAUCCAAGCUUGCAGUCUAGAUGGUGGGGUACAAAUAAACAACGGGGCAGCAAGGGUGACAGCCACCAAACAAGGUGGAAAAUGAUUUAAAUAUGAGAAAUGUCUGAUUUGGCAAAAUCUCGAUGAAGACAAAGAUUAGAAUCCUAACUAAAUUGGGUGAGAGUAAUAGUAACUAGUAAGUAAUAUGUCAGAUUAAUGAAACUGUUUUCAUCUAAAAAUAAAAUCUUUUAAAUUGUAUAUUAUCUGAAUUUUUCUUUCUCCCUAACUGGGUCUGUCUUUAAUUUCAAUUGGGCUGUCUACUCAUUUCUGCCAUCCUUUUACUGUUGUGAAUUGUUAGGAAUGUAUUGAGAAUUACAAAUUUCAGUCCAUAAUAUCUAAACCGGAGUCCUUCUCCAUAUCAGCUUUGCAUUUUUCAUUUCGGCUAUUUUGACCUAAAAGUUUAAAUUCGCUUCAUGAUUCACUUUGAGUUGCAAUUGCAUUACAUUUUUAAUGUGUUAACUAUAUUUUUUGUUGUAAUAAUUGAUCACAGGACAGUAAGGUGUGGAUUUUUUUUUUAUAUGAUUCUAUUCUAUUAUUAUUUUUUUAAUAUUAUUCUUUGCAAUUUUGUAUUUUAAGAAUUGCAUUGAAAUUUCAGGGUAUUUUUUUAUUUUAAUAUCAACACACAAUCAUUAAGGGAUUUAAUAUAUUUGGGAUGAUUGUAAAUGCAAUAAAUAUUUUACUUUAGUUUUAGAGAUGUUUUUAAUUCAUAACAAGUUUAGGGUAUAUCCCACUACAAGAAACGCACCUAUUUUUAGAGUGUAUUUUUUUUUUUUUUUAUCAAUCUUUGUUUUUAUUUACAGAAAGUAAAACGGUAUACAAUACAGCAAUUGGAGUAAGAAAAUACAACCUUUAUCUAUAUUAACACAUUGUACGUAGAGUUAAUAAACCUUAAAUAGUGGGACUGUGAACUUUGAUGGUGUUUACUAAGCAGUGUACAGUUGGAUUUGUAGUGUGCUUCUCGUACCCUAGGGAGAUGAGGGAUAUGAAUAAAAAUAGUAGAAAAACGGCACAGAGCAACAUAUGCCUCUGGGUACUGCAUAAGGUUUUAGGAGGUACCUAAGAUCACUCUAGCACCAAGGAAAGUGAUGGCACAAGCCUGGCUGAAGCCACAUGCUCCCUCCAUAGCAGCAGUAUUGGUUAAAAUAAAAGACACAUGCCUCAUGGAUAACUUAACUUCGAGGGUGCGUGGAACACUGAAGGGGUUUGAAAAGACAUGGGAACCUUGGGUAACCAGUGACCUAGCAACUGGAUAGCAGACUCUUCUCUAUUAGAAAGCGGUCGUGGCAUUGCCUGACCCCCCCCCCUUCUCCCCUCUCCUAGCCGUGCUCUUCUCCCUAUGUGCGACCCAACUCCUCUGUCUCUCUCUUCUAUCAUCUUCUUUCUCAAUCCUAUUCUCUUACCUCUACUCUUUUAAUACGACUUCCUCACAUACAUAAGCACACGCACAGAGGAACGUUGGAGAAAAACUCUUCCAAUAUUUGGACCUUCCGAGCAGGGAUCAUUGAAUUGGGACACCAUAACCUCACAAUCCAAAUGUAGAUCAUUAUGAGGCUCUGUGUAGGUACACUAGCUAUUGCCAGGUCUGAGUUACACUGGUAAUGACCUAAACUAUACACAGGUUAUUGUGACACUCUUCAAUGUCUAAAAAAAAAUAAAAAAAAUACACUUUUUGAUUGUAUGGUAAACGUUUUGAACAUCACUUGUGGGACACGACCAAAAGUUUAGCUACAAUGUAUCACUAAGGUCUUGUACUAUGUAUACCUUGUCCUUUUCAAAGAAGAACGCUUUAUGAAGUCCAUACAUGUAUUGCCUAUUAUGGCUGUCAUUUCAGAAAUAAAGAAUUACAAAAAAUAAAAAAAUGUAAGGGUGUGCUCCUCAAACUUGAGAGGUGAUCUGUUGUGAACAGCCACCAUGUCGUUCAUUCAGUCUUGGCUCAUCUAGAACCAAAGAAUUUAAUCUCUGCCUGCUCCUGUUGUGUUGAAUGGUGGCCCUGCAAUGCUAUAGCAUCCAUCUUGGAGCACUGAUUUAGCCUGUUUAGCCGGGAACAAUAUGGCAAGUAGUUGGUGGAAUAUGUGUAGGAAUUCCGCAGGGUCAAUAUUUGCAGGUAGGCUACAGAUUUCAACAUCCUUAAAGUGGAGCUUGUCUUCACGUACUGCCUUUUUAAAUUAAGCUUGCGCCUGUGUUUUCAACACCCUGGCGAGUUUCUGUUCCAGGGCAGCAAUGCAAGUCUCAUGGGCUGCAGUUGUCACCUCAGAAUUGUGGAGAAGUGCCUAGACACCAAUGAUUUCUUCACGGAACUGCCCAAUGUCUGCCACAAUGUUCUGGUCUAGCUCGUCUAAUAGGCCCUAAAGCAUGUCCUCUGUUACCGGUGAUUUUUCCGGUGGUUGCACUGGCUAGUGGGUGGUUCUGUUCAUCUGUUGUGUCCCCGGGGCCACUAUGCCCAGGAGGGAUUCCUCACUAGAGGUGUGCAAGGGUUCAUCUGACAUCAACGCCAUGUCAGGCCUCUGCAAGUUUUGCAUGGCCUCCACAGCAAGUUGCCAAAUCUGCCGUUGACGGGGGUCGAUCAGGUUUGUACUUCUUGAUUUAAUGCCCCAUGUCUGCAGGUAAGUCUGGAGCCCAAAAGGUGGUGGUUAAAGGGAAGGUUUUCUCAGGUUUCGAGUAAGUUUGGGUUAUUUCCACCCGGAGCUCAUGCAAUAUGCAUGUAUGGCUGCUAGCUCUGCCCCACUUAUAGUUUAUUUUUAAUCCAGAAGUAUAUUAUUUCAGUAUUGUGCUUGGUAAUCAGAGGGUGUUAACCCCCAGGGUUGCCACACUAUACUAGAACACAUGGCCAGAGGUUUGGACAACUCUUGAAGCUAGUUAAUACAUGAGGGCAUUAUAUUUGGGCUCCAAUCUUUCCCCUAACGCUCUCUGUCUAAGUCUUUUGUGAAAAUUAUUGGAGGAGUCUGCCAAUUGCUGAACCGUAAAUAUAAAUCUUAUGUCUAUCCAUGUGGGUAAGAUAGAAAUUUCCUGGAUUUAUCAUUAGGCCCCCUCGUAACAGAAUGUCCUGGUGCUAACAGGGCAUCCAAUGUCCUAUGCAUAAAAAAUAGUAGGGAUCCGUUCUGCUGUAAAUUAAGGUUUUGUGGGCCACAGCACUAUUUGUUUUAUUAUAUACUGUGGGGGUAGUUAGGCCUCUGUGUAAGCAGUCUAACCCUUUAUCGUACAUUUGUACAAUGGGGGAAAAUGACGGAAUGGGCUCACAGUAAUGAUGCAGUUUUCAGACAUCUUUGUCUUUUGUCUACUAGUGAGGUAUAAAUCUCCCAGAGAAAUAUGGGCAGAUUAACAUACAGGGUCCUGGGUAUGAUAAAAGAAAGGCUACACUUAAUGUCUAUGAUAAUUCCAUUCUUGGCAGACUAAUCUAGGUUGUAGUAGCAUUCAAAAACACGUUCAAUGUUAUUCAAAGUGUCACUCCGUGAGAAUUCAAGGUGAAUUUCAAAUUUAAGGUCAGCUAUUUGACUUUGACUUCUCUGGCCGUAAAUCUGAAUUUCGCUUUGAAUUCUAACUCUUAUAGCGUCCAUGGAUAGAGGCAGACCCAUAUCUUUUCUGACAAAUUAAAAUAUUACAUUUUCCCUAAAUCAGACAGAUGGUCACUAGAUGCACUUCUUCCCGGAGACUGUCUUUUUUCAAAGGUCUUCAUUCUCUAUGCCUUCGUGCACAGCAAACACCAAGUGUGACUGAUGCUUCUCACAGAGAAGAUUUGUCUCCAAUGCUGAGAAGCAGUGAAUUUUUGGAGCAUGGCAAUUGCUGCGCAGGCGCAGUUAGUCUGCAAUAAUUCUCUGUAGGCCAGAGAUCAUCAGAAUUGAUAACCUCAUAGUAGGUAGAUUGGGUUGCCCGUUGCUAGAGUACAAAUUUAUUUGAUGGGUGUUUUAUUAUUUAACAGAGGGAAGACAAAAAACUAAACCUACUUAGGAGCAAGCAAACAUUAAAAGAUUAUAUUGUUGUUUGUAAUGUUUGAGUCUUUGUUUAAAACUAUUUAGUAUUUUGUGGGAAUGUUCAUCAAAGACUAUUGAUUGCUAUACCAUGGAAUUUUUUAAAUAAUUAUUUUUCAGACAGACCUAAAUAAAGAUAAUUUGAACCAUAUAUAUUCUAGAGCUAAUGAAUGAAACCCUAGCUAAUUAGAGUCAAUCUGGGAAUUAAAAUUCAUUGAUAGGGGGGCAUUUGUCAUCAACUAAUGAACCAGAGCUGCGUGUCAAACAUAGUUUCAUAGUCAAACUAUCCAAAAGACCCUCUAAACAUCAUGUUGCAACAGUGGUUAUGGUGCCACAAACCUGAUCCCCAGCUGCAGCUAGACUUUGCAGCCGUAGCCGGCUGAGUCGCAAAUAAAUUAACUGAAAAAUCAAGAAGUGAAAGGAGUCUAUGGAUUACAGGGCACAGGAAAAACAUCCAACGGAUCAUGGGACAGAGAGAAACCAUUCAAUGGAUAAUAUAAGGUCUGUGUGCAAUGAUCUUGGAGAAGAGAUAAUCCACUCCAGAGUGCUUGCUCUACACAGACUGGUAUAAACAGUGACAAAGCUACCAUUGAUUUCCCACGAUGCUCAGGCAGGGCAAAUAUAUGUGCCUCAUCCUAUGACUAUUACAACCAGCAUUUCAGGGCAACAGCAAAUCCCCUAGAAACAAAUCAAACAAUUUGAGCCUAUUGCAUAACAUGGACCUGGAGUACAAGGAGUGAGGGGCUGGAUCUUGGCUGCAAGAGAACCUUUGGUUUUAUGUGCAACCUCUUAAUAACAGUUUGACACAGGAGCAGGAGACCUUAUCAGGGACAUGCAGAUACCAUAAUCACUACAGCCUGAUAUAUCCAGAACUUCUAAAUGUCAUUAUGUUCUCAUGGUAUUGAUUCUUGGUUCUUCUUGACAGUUCUUGGCUAAAUGGAAUAUACCGAUUAUGUGAAAAUGUGAUGUGUUGUUUUUGUCACUGUAUUAAUAUAUUGAAAUUGAAAAUUUGUUUGAUUUACAUACUAAUUGCACAAGUAAUCUGUCUUUUAUACUGUUUUCCAGCUGGCAAAAAAAUACGGGAAUUUUUUCACAUUCCAUUUGGGUCAAACAAAAGUAGUGGUGCUGGUUGGAUAUGAUGCUGUUAAAGAGGCUUUAGUGAACUCAAACUAUGAGUUUGGAAAUAGAGGGGCUCUACCUAUCGCUGACAUAUUCCAGCAUGGCCAAGGUAUUGUGACUAAUGCACUGCUAGAUGCAAAACUAACACCAUCAGAAUUAUUUACUAAACUGGGGAUUGUGGGAAAAUACCCAGGUAAUUGGGCAAUCUCCAAUUCAUCAAAUUUAGCUACAUGGAAUGAAAACUUAAAUUUGUUUUUGCUUCACGCUGUGGUCUAAUCACUAUGUUCCAAACAGUAGUGAAUUGAAAGACAAGUAGAAAGAUAGUCAAAUUGUGACUGUGCUUAUACCUGAUUUUUAAGAUUUUUUUUUUUUUAAUUCAGGUAUCUUAAAAGGCCGGAUUUGUCAUAAGGCCACCAAAAUCGCGCCCACAGGGCGGCAGGCAAGCGAGGGGAAGCACAACUAGUGGGGAGAUCAAAGAUCUCUCUCACCAGUCAGUCGAUUCUCUUGUCGUGGGGCAGGGCAAGCCAGCAACACUGGCGCUCAAUAUUGUAUCACGGCAAGUUACCGCAGCAACAUUUUGACACAAUCCUCUGACAAAACUUCACCACUCAACAAAAAAUAUCAAUAAACCGCAAUAUGCCUAGAUGUUACUCCAUACAUAUACAAAUAAACAUAAUUAUCAGCACUCAAAAAAACAUUUUGUUUACCAAUACGUGUAAAAAAAGAAAAAAAAUCAAUGUUUCAACCCUAUAUUUUACUUUUUUUUUUGGACUUGCAUAGGUAAAGACUAUUUUUUGUAAGUCCUCUGAAUGCUGUCAAUUAUUAUGUUUAUAUAUAUUAUUAUUAUUAUUUAUAAAGUGGCAACAGAUUCUGCAGAACUGUACAAUGAGUGGACUGACACACAUGUAGUUGAAACUACUCACCACGCACUCUCGCUAACAGAUGGACAGACAGACACACUCACUGACUGACACAGUGGGGUCAAGCUGCCCACCUCGGGGGGAACCGAUUGACAAGAACCCAGGCACCAAGAAAAAAUUAAUAUUUACCAUCGUGACGUGGCUCCUGGGAUUUGGGAUUUUCAUCUGUACUCACUUUACAUUUUUGUUAAUUGAUAAAAAGAAAAUAAGCUGUUGCCAUUUCUAUUUUUUGAAAGCAUUCUUACUUUACAGCAAUUGUCAAACUUGAUUGAAACAUUUGUACAGUAGUAUGUGUUUAUGUAUAAUUAAUAGUUAAAGUGCACUAAAGAAUUAGGAAUACUAAAAUAAACGCAAUAUACAAAAGUGAAUGCAAUAUACAAAAGAGUUGUCACGCAGAAUAAGUAGUUCUUAUUAUGCAUGACAACUCUUUUGUAUAUUGUAUUUACAACAAAAAUGGUCUUUAGAAAAAUCUGCAAUGUUUUAUAUUGCCCGGUUAAACUACAGGACCACUGCAUCCAGACCACUUCAUUGAGAUGAAAUGGCCUGUGUGACUUUAAUGAUCCUUUAAUAACUUCACUAGGAGUUUGAAUAGUAAAUGCAUUUUUUUUUGUAGUCCUUUGGAGAACUCUGCAAAGUUGACAGUUUUGGAGUUGAGCAAUUAAAGGAAUGGGGUAGUUUGUAAAAACGAACCACAUUCUGCAUCCACUCUAUCACUGGAGCCUCACUAAAGAUGAAGAAUAAUAAUAGUAUUAUGACAAGUAAUAAUAGUAAAUUCAAUCAGAAAACAGAUUAUUCACCAGAUGAUCACCCAAUGGAUUUGUUAUAUACCACCUGGUACUAACCUGCCUCUCCUCAAAUGACAUAUGCCGUAAAUUACAAGAAUGGGGAAGCAUUUACGAGUAAUGUAUUUUAGUGAAUUGGUGGACUUAUUUUUGCAGCAAAUUUGUAAAGGAAAAGCGAGAAAAAUACAUUUAAGAUUUUUGCACCAUUGCAAAUUCAAGAAGACAUGUUGUUUAACCCCUUAAGGACCAAACUUCUGGAAUAAAAGGGAAUCAUGACAUUUCACACGUCAUGUGUCCUUAAGGGGUUAAGCAGUACUGUCAUGGCCGCAUUCAUUAGCGGCAGGUUGGUGGGGCAGUAGGUCCCCCCUUAUCACUUAGAGCCCCCACCUGCCAUUGUUUGGGAAUCGAGGGGACAUUAAGUCCCCUGUUUAGUUUAAUAGCCCCUACUCACGGGGCACGGUGAUAUAGUUGAUAUAGAAUUCACACCCACGAUGCCAAUAGGAAGUCAAGAUUAUUUAAAUAUCUCUAGUCCAUUUCUAUGAAGAAAAAAAUGAAAAACACUAUCUCAGCACUUUGUAUGACUUAGUCACUUCAGUUGUGGAUUUUAAAUACAAUGUGCUUAAAAGAGCCUUGUUGUGUUUUGCAUUUUGACACAGGAGUAAUUUUUUCUAAUGGGGAGGUCUGGAAGGUGACACGAAGAUUUACCCUGUCUAUUCUACGAGAUCUUGGUAUGGGGAAACGAUCUAUUGAGGGUAGGAUUAUUGAAGAGCUGCAGUUUCUAAGCAAAUUCAUCCAGUCUUUCAAUGGUAAGUUAUGAUAUGUAAAUGUACAUAGCAAUUUACCUCCCAAAUUGUUAAAGAGGGACACUUAAAUAUUAGCGGUGUGAAUAGGGUCUUGGUCAGGUGUGGGGCUGUUUAGAAGACUUCUAAAUGAUCAUUUCUAAACACAUUUAUUGUAGUUUAAACAUACAUUACUGUGAGUAUUAUUACUGUGGAGCUCUGUUAUAUAUGCAGACACACCAACAAUGUGGAGCUCCUAGAAAAGGGGGGCAUUAAGAUAGAAAAGAAAGAAAAUCCUUUAUUCCAUCUAAUUAAAAAUCUUAACAACAAAUAAAACGUGAUUCAACAUGUUCCGUACACUUACAAAUACAUUUUCUGUAUUCUUGAAAAAGUAUUUGUCAGCGCACGAAGGAGGAGAUUUAUCAAGACAAAUAUGGUGGGUUUAAACUGCUCAAGGUUGAGAUACAUUGUAUAGGUUACCCUAUUGAUAACUACUUAUUUUGAACUUUGCCAAAGAGUAGUUUUUGUCUUGAUAAAUCUCCCCUUAAUGUGUUUUGGUUCACUAUCCAAAUAAGAAUUAAGCUCUUAUUUGUGAGUUUUUUCUGUUUCCUUUAAUUUAUGUACCACUUUAAUUUGCCUUUGAAAUGUUAAUGAGUAUGAAUAUUUAUUUUAGUUGUAGUGUGUUUUUUUUUUUAUUGUGUUUGUUUAUAUAUUUUUUUUAUUGUGUUUGUUUAUAUAUUUUAUCAACAAUUAACUACUGUCUACUUUCAGGUGAACCCUUCCAGAAAAACGUGUUUAAUAAUGGUCCUCCGAACAUUAUCUAUAGAAUAUUAUUUGGAAGACGUUUUGAUUACAGUAAUCCAACAUUCAAGAAGAUGGUGGAAUUGCUUGACGACAUUGUCAUUCUCACCGGUUCGCCACCUGCUGUGGUAAUUACAGAUUAACGUUAUAAUAUAAAAUUAAGUUCAUAGACACAGUUUAGUGUUAUAGCACAACCAUUUCAGCAACCAGCAAUUUUAAAGCUGUUUUACUGUUUGCGCACCACAAUCCUUGCUAGCAUCUGCCAAUAAAAUUUGACAAGAUGGCACAAAUAGUGACAUGUCUAUUUUGAAAAGACAACGUAGUUCACAGUAGUAGUUUAUGCCAAAUUAAAUUAUCAUAAUUGCGAAGUAAAGAUUAUAACAAUUAAAGGGGCAAUCCAGCUUCCUGAAAAGCGUCAUGAAUAAAGAAUAUGUCCUCUUUUUUCAUUUUGCAAAAAGUGCAGAUUUCCAUAGACAUGGACAGAGUAAGUCUACAAUUGGACUGCCACAUAAAGUGUGGGCGGGGUUAAAAGAGGAGGGCUUAUAAAGGCAGCAGACAUGAGAUCUGCAGCUUUUGGAAACUGCUUUUAGAUAUAACCCCCAAUGCAAGUUUGCAUUGGGGAUAUAUCUACUUAACUAUGUUUUAAAAAAAUUUAUUUUGUAUUUGGGCAUUGGAGAGUCCCUUUAAGGAGAAGGUCAAAUGAACUUUAGAUUUUAAAUAAUUUUUAUUAAUUUAAUAGAAAGCCAAUAUUUUGUUUUACUGACUGUCAAUUUUUCUUUUCGUUGUUCCUAGUUUUAUAAUGUUUUCCCAAUUCUGAAGCAUGUGCUGAAAUCGCCCAGCCUUGUUUUAAAGAAAAUUGCUGAACUCAAUGUGAUUUUGAAGGCACAUUUCAAUGAAGCGAAAAGCUCAAUGAGUGAAAAUGAUUGGUCAACGUAUGUAGAAGCCUUCAUGCAGAAAGGUCUCAACGUAAGCAAUUAGUUUUUACUCAGUUCCGAGUGGAAUCUAACUUUUACAUCCUACAAACUGCAUUUACUUUAUGCAUCUACAGUUGCACAGAUGUGACAUCUAACAUAGGCUGAUUAGGAUGUAGCAAAUGGUGUAGGAGAGGGCUGGCAAGUGGGCAGAGGGACAAAUGACCCCUGGUUACUUGGAUACAAGUGUUGUGGGGUGAAGCCUUAUAGCAUUGUCCUUUUAGUGGGAACAAUUGUUGGCAAAGUACUGUAGAAUUGAGCCAACAAGAGGUAAUUGUGCAGAGUCUUUCCUAGUCUAGCAUCGUGUGUUUUUAUUUCUUAGACUCUUAAUCAACAACACCAGAACAUUUCAUUACUAAAGUAGCCCACCAGGAUAUUUCCUGGAAGACUGCAGUAUCUGACUGCCAGAAUAUCAUAAAUGUAUUGUGCCGAUUUAGUGAGCAGAGAUGUGGAAACAAAAUACCAGAAUAAUGAGAACAAGAAAUCUCCUAAAGUCAGAGGGAGGUUUAACCCAUUAAGGACACAUGGCAUGUGUGACAUGUCAUGAUUCCCUUUUAUUCCAGAAGUUUGGUCCUUAAGGGGUUAAAUAAUUCCUGGUCUGUACAGGUUAAGGAUUACUUGUUAGGCAAAAUACCAUACUAAGUCCUGUUAUGUAGAAUACCGUAGUAGGUCUUGUUAGGUAGAAUACCAAAGUAUGUCCUGUUGGGCAGUAUACCAUACAAGGUCAUGAAGAAAGGAAACAGAGAAAUGUGCUGGGAGAGCAAUGGAGACAAGUGGACAAUGCCUUUGAGUCAUGGGGCACAUGGAACCCAACCUAUCAUUUGUUGAGCAUAGAGGGACAAUGUACAAUGAGCAUGGAGCAAUCAUAUGAAUUCCUAUGUCUGGUACAGAUUUACAUAUACAAUGACAACAUUGCCAAUAGGGAUGUUGCUCAGACAAGCCAUGAAGGGCAAUUGUGUCUUUUGGGUCACAUGCUAUGAAUAUGGAACUAAGCAUUUCAGAUCAGCAGCAUUGUACACAGAAAAGAAAAUAAUGAGGCACAUUACCUUCAGCUCCAAUAUCCCCCAUGUUAAUAUGGCUUUGGUUUUCCUUUGUCUGCUCACUAUAUGAGGGUGCUUCAGUGUAUAUUUGACUCUGUUCUAUAACUGUCCAGUAUCAGAUAAUAAAAUACUGAUAUCAGAAGGGACCUACAUUCCUCGCUAUUCUUUAGAGGUCACUUUUGUUUUAUGCUGAUUGCUAAAAAGAGAGUAGUACUGACCUCUAGUGACAUUUUAAUCAGUACAGCUCAGUGACCAAAUUAUUCAGUAGACUAUUGAAGGGACACUCCACUGCUCAGCCCCCUCCCCCUCACCCCAAGAAUAAAUAAAUCCUUAAACACUAUUUAGUAUAAAUACCUCCAAUAAAAACAUGCAUGCAUUUAAUUGUGCAUUUUUUCAUUGGGGUUAUAGCUAAAAAUCUACUUUUAAAAGCUACCGAUCUCGUCUGCAAGACUUCCUAAUCUUCCACAGCUUUGACUUUCCAACCAUAGACUGACUUCCCAAUAGUGAGAAGUCUUUGCAAGGCGGGUGCUAAGGGCAAUUGUCUGCCUUUUGAGAUUAGCUCCACUGAGCUCAACAACCAGCAUGUACAUGAACUCGUCUGAUUGACAGCCAGGGAGGUGUAACAAGGUUAUCAUAUAAAAGUGCCAACUUCUGUUGAAAUCUGUACUUUUGGUAAAAUGGAAAAAAAGAUGACACAUUGUUCACACAUAAAGCACUUCAGCAAACUUAAGUUUUAGGUGCUUGAAGUUGUGAAUUCAACUGAGAAUUGCAUUUUUUGAGUAUUCUACAUGAAUUCAAAGUGACUAUAAAGUAGAAGGUCAAAGUAGCUUAACAGAAAGCAUAGCUGACUUGGAGAUUUUCUUCUGGUUAGUUAACGUGAGCUUAAAUUUGAUAUUUACUUUAAAUGUACUUCAAACUCCGGACAGUUCUCACUUUAGUAAAUACCCCUGAGAUUAUCAAAAUAGAGGGUACAAUACAGCAAUUUUAUUCUUCAGGGGAUUAGUAUACAAAGUAUUAAAAAUUCAGGAAAAUUCGUUUUCCUUAAACGUUGAAAAUCACUGUAGUCAUAAAAGAUAUUAUGCAGGAGUUAAUCUGACCAGAAGACACAUGUAGGACGGAGUAAACUGUGUAUUUUUUGUCCCCAAGGAAAACAAAACAGAAGAAAACAGGAACAUUUUUAAUGAGAAGAACCUUCUGGCCUCCAUGUUCGAUCUCAUGCUGGGAGGUACAGAGACUACAUCGACUACCUUACAGUGGGGGUUCCUUCUCAUGAUGAAAUACCCUCAUAUACAAAGUAAGUUAUUUUAUGUCGUUACUUGUAAUAUUGAAGAAAAUAUAAAUUCCUUCUUCUUCUUAAAUUGUGCUCUUUUAAAAUCAAUGUUUUAUUCUAAUCCUGUUUGAUCACACUAAAAACUAAAACAAAUGCUUAUGUAUGCUGCAGUUAGGAUCAUGAAUGUAGUCCAACCUAACUGGUGCUGUGCUGUAUGAGAAGUCAUUGUUAGGACUGAGGUAAUACUUGUAAAUGUAGGCGCACCUUUAGAUGUGUGGUAGGUUGGUGUGACGAUCGAGGUAACAGGCAUACCGCUAGUGGGUUACACCAUAUUGGGAAUUGAGCUGAGACAUUGACUAUAUACGUAGCUGCCUAAACACAGCAGCACUAAAAAAAUUCAAUUGAAGGGACAUUCUAGUCUAACUCUACAUUCUAUAAAUAUCUGUAAAAUGAAAGUGGUUAGUAGCUACUUUGCUUUACUCAAAUAGCUCAGUCACUUGAUGAAGGAUAUAAUGUUAUUUCUGCAUUUAGCUAGUAAUAGAAUAGACAGCCAGAACUUGGAGCUCCCUCUUCUGACCAAACAAUCAUUUAUUGAAUAAGGAGCGUGAGCUGUGAAAUAACCCUGUUGAUGCUUCACUCGUAGCCAUUAUUGGGGCUAGAGCUCCCACUGCUUACAAAAAACAGGAAAAAAUUAUGUAAAACACGGGGGCGUGGCCUGCUGCGGAGCUUAAUGGACGCACAUUGAAAUUGCUCCCAGUGAUCCAGGACCUAAUCCACUGCAAUCAGAGAAAACACCACACCAUGGGCAACCCUAAGAAACAUCAAGGGUCUCAAGGACAAGGAGGGAAAACUCCUAUUACCAAAACAGGCUCCCUAAACAAAUACUUUAAAGAAAAUACGGACCGAAAGACGGAGACCGAACCCGCGGCCUACAAAAUGUCUGAUUCGGAGUUAACUCAAACCUUGAGCCCAGCUACAUCGGACUGCUCACAUAAUACUUUAGACACCACUAUAGACCCGGACAUCAAAGCAAUGACCUCCAAACGAUGAUGAGUAAACUUGAGACGAAAUUCCUAUCCGAUGGGCUCUGAUGUCCAACAGCUCAAUCUCCGGAUGACGGACCUAGAAGAAGAGAGACAAGUCAUGCAAGCGCAAAUCACCAACUUAACCUCAGUAAUUGACUCCCAUUUACUUCAAUAUGCAGCAACACAAUGGCAUAUUGAUGACUUUGAUAACCACAGCUGUAGAAACAAUCUACGAAUACGAGGUAUGCCAGAAUCCCAGGGAGAAAACCUCUCAUUGCUACUCACGGAGCUAUUCAAUAGAAUCCUGGGAACUCCAAACGACACACAAAUCAGGGCAAUCCAAAAACUAUACAACACAACCUUGGACACAUGCUGGAGAUGUCAGGGAAAAAGGGCCCCUCACUCACACAUUUGGUGGCAGUGCCCACUGAUAUCAAGGUAUUGGACUAGGAUACACAAAUUCAAUCAAAUAAUCAUCAAAAGCAGAUUCGUCAUGGACCCUAAACAAUUCAUCUUCCUUCUUCCCUCAAAACACCACCGAAAGGAACAAUCCAUCCUCCUCAACUUCCUAAUCAUGGCUGCUGCACAACUUAUCCCCAAAUACUGGAAACAAACCCACACCCCAACUAUCAAGGAAUGGUUCGCGAGAGUCGAAGAACUUAAGAAUAUGGAAGAACUGACAUACGCUAAAACGAAAAACUACCAGACAUUUUCCAAAAUAUGGACACCCUGGACUGAAUUCCUGAAAAAGGAAACAGGAAACACAUAACCCCCAUACAAACGUAACCCAAUCUCAAGUAAACAUAUCGUAACUAUUUUACAUUCCUGAAUAUCCCUCAAAACCCAACCAUCCAGCAUAGCCUGGAGCCCACACACACCCAAUCGAAGCAUUCCCAGACAGAACCCCUCCCCUCUCCCCACCCACACCGAUACACACUAACCAGGGCUCUAACAUACCCACUAGGUUAAAGAGGUAAUUAUCUAAAUGAUGCUCACGUAUAUGAAUUUUCCUUUAUUGCUCUUACUUUUACUUUUAACAAACUGUAUACGACAAAUCGUAUAACUUUCCUGUGACAGUGACAAUGCUCCAUAUACACAGGGGACCAAUUAUCCAAUAUUCAAGUGCCACCAUCUAACCAAUUUAGUGUUAAAUACCAAUAUGAACAACAUGUAAUUUAUCUCUAUGUAACAUUAUUCUACUCUUAAAUCUUUCACUGUUAUCAACAAAUAUAAAACAAAUAUAAAACAUGUUUAUUGUUGGUUUAUGUAACAAAAAAAUAAAAAAACUUUGAAAUUCAAAUUAUGUAAAACAAGCUUACUUGAGCUUCCUUUAGAGAUUCAGAUAGGACUUUUUGUUUGAAGGAACCCUAUGGCGUUAUAGAAUACAAAUGUGUUUUCCUAACGCUAUAGUUCCCUGUUGGCCACGUAGAUGACAGGCCCCAACCUGCAAGGAGAGAAAAAACCUGUUAGUACGCAAAAUCUUUCACACUCAUUGGGGAACCAUUGGUAAGUUUAGAAACAGGUUUAUUUCUUAUACCUAUAUAGUACAAGGGUUAGGAAAGAUAUUUACUGAAAUAUAAAAUCAUUGCUCCAAAAGAAUUUUCUAUGCAUAAGCAUUGAACUUUUCACUCCACCAUUCUUUUGGAGGUGUACAGGGCUCUCUGAUUGACUCCGUACUGUGGGAAAAAGUGUCAGGACUAAAAAAUUCAGGUCAGAAUUGUAUGCCAACCUUGUAAAAAAAUUCAGAGAAUAGUAAAUCAAUCUAUGUUACUAGAUAUAGUGAAUGUAAUCACAUUCUUAGAUAUUGUGUUUUAAAUUUAGAUCUUUCAAAUAGCCAAGUAUUCCAUUGCUGGUUCCCGUCUGAUUAUAUUCAUAUAAAACAAGACUUAGUGAUGUACAAGUGAGCGCAUUAUCUAAAAAUGUAGAUUAGAACAAUCCAGGAAUAUAUCAAUGCUUACUGUUAUAUAAUCUUCCACAGAUGUAGUAUUCAGAUAGAUUACCAUAAGUAUCAGUUAAGAGUAGAAUGGUUGGUCUUCAAAAUCUUUAACCUCUAAAACACAUAAAACCUCACAAUGGACAGACAAAGUUGCAAAAAUACUAAAACAAAUCUGAACGCCACAAGUGGCAUUAGAAGGUAGGGAAUAGGUCUCAGAGACCUAACUCCACAAGAGGUCACCAGUAGUCUGUCCUAAAAGUCUGUACAAUCUUCCAUUCUUGAAAUGGACCAUAAAUUCACUGAGUGCUUAGUUUUAUAAAAUCUCCCACAGAUGUAGUAGUCAGAUUGAUUACCAUAAGUAUCAGUUAAGAGUAAAAUGGAAAAUUGUACGCCUGCUGAAACAAGAGAUGUUCCUUUUGAUGCCAGGGAUCCGGACACUGAUCAGAUUUUAGGACAGACUACUUGAAGUGACAUCUUGUGGAGUUAGGUCUCUGAGACAUAUUCUAUACCUUUUAAUGCCACUUGUGGUAUGCAGAUUUGUUUUAGUAUUUUUUUUCCAACUUUAUCUGUCCGUUGUGAGGUUUUACACUAUGUUUAUCUUCUAUAUGUUUUAAGUGAUUAAAGAUUUUGAAGACCAACCAUUUCACUGUUAACUGAUACUUAUGGUAAUCUACCUGACUACUACAUCUGUGGAAGAUCCUAUAACAGUAAGCAUUGACGUAUUACUGGUGUUUUACACUCACUCUGGAUUGUACUAAUCUAUAUUUUUAGAUUCUGCACUCACUUGUACAUCACACUGUCUUGUUUUAUAUUUUACGUGUUUGCUACGGAGUUUCAGGGUUAACCUGCGUGUUGGUGGUACUUGAGGUUGCCACUAUUAUAUCUUCCAUGUUGGUUACAUUUAUAACAGGUGGACUGGAAAAUAAAUGUAUUUAUUUAAAACAACAUGGUUUGCUUUAAACAAAAUAUCCAUCUUUAUUCAGAAAAAAUUCAAGAUGAGAUAGACAGUGUGAUCGGAACUGAGCGCCUUCCACAGUGGGAUGACCAGAAGAACCUGCAAUACUGUUUGGCGGCGGUACACGAAGUUCAACGAUUUGGCAACAUUCUUCAAACCCUGGCCCAUUCCACAUUAACAGACACACACUUCAGAGGUUAUUUCAUCCCAAAGGUAAUUAGUAGAUCUAACACUCAGGUAAUUGUUGCUUUCAUUUGAAUUUUUCAGCCAUUAGCUACAUACAUUUACAAUGAUUUAUAUAGCGCUAACAUAUCAUGGACCACUGUGCAAUCAGUAAACAAGACAAACAAUUCUAACAAAACAUGUUUGAUAUCAAUGAACAGUAGGCUAAGAGGGAACUGCCCAAACUGCUCAUGGUCUAAAAGGAUGAGGGACAAGGAGCAGUGAAGAAAUCAAGUGACUUGGAUAUUCUCGAAAAGCUGGGAGUGAGGUUUGGGAGGAGGGAUAGGUUUCUCUAAUGAAUUGUGUUUUUAAGAUUUUUUUGAGGGACUGCAGAGGUGGGAAGUCUAAUGUGGUGCAGGAGGGCAUUCCAUAAGGAAGGGGCAGCCCUGGACAGUCCUGAAGGUAUAAGUCAAUCGUACAGGUAUAAUACAGUAAAUGGUUGUCAGUCAACAAACAGCAAGUUGCAUCAACCAGCACACGUGACCUAGGCAGCCUGGAACUCUACUCCAGGCUGCCUUAUGUCAAUUAUGUACGUAAUUUACAUCUGUCGUCAGCGCACACAGCAUGCUGGCAACACAUGUAAAAACCUUCCCCCUUGCACAGAUGCGCUCUGAGCCCGCAAAAUGAGAAGCUUGUGAUUGGACCGUGCAAGUGCUGGGAUGACAUCAGGAUGGGCAAUGGAAGACAGAGCUGUGAGCUUUGCCCAGCGCUGGUUUCCUGGUAAGUAUAAAAUAAAACUUUUUACAGGUUUUAUAAGGGGGGGAGACAAUGCCCUAUAGGGAAAUAUAAAGUAAAAAAAAAAAAAAGUGGUAACACUGAGUAACCCUAAUAUGCUAAAGUUUUAAUUUUACUGAGUAACCCUUCAAGGCUCAUUGUACCAUAACCACUACAAUAUGCAGUAGUUCUUAUAGACUUCAGAAUGUCCCUUUAAUUCCUAGGCUCUCUGAUUAUUGUGUUUAUUAACGGAAUGUAACUGUAGAUUGAAACUGUAACCAAGUUUUCUUUUAUGCUAGGGAACACAAGUUAUCCCACUUUUCACAUCAGUUCUUUAUGAUGAAACUCAAUGGGAGACACCAUACGAGUUCAAUCCAAAUCAUUUUCUCGACUCAAAUGGAAAGUUCUUGAAGAAAGAUGCAUUCUUCGCUUUCUCCAAAGGUAAUGUGAGGAACUGGCAUGGGUUAUUAUAGGUUUAAUAAAUAUACCUGGUGAUAAGUUUAUUUUAACCCCUCUAUACAGCAUUGGUGUAUAAAGGAUUGCCAGUGUCUGCAUCCAUACCCGCAAUUAUGUAUACACAAUUACAAAUGUUACAAAUUUUGGGCUCCCUUGCAUCCCAGCUACGCAGCACAGUAGUGUGAUCUAGAAAACUCCCUGCAUGGCACUGUGCUGCUCGCUCUACUGGCUGCCCUCUGGCUGAGAGCAGCUCUCGGCAAGUGCUCUCUCCUGGUCAGAGACCAGAAGGGGGCAUUCUAAGCCGUCUGCUCUUAGUCAGAGGGCAGAUUCCACAGGCAGUCCAAAGGACUACCACAAAAAAAGCUGGACCACCAAUGAUGACCAGAGCCCUCUGACUGCUAAAAAAAAAAGCUGGAGGGGGGAAUUAAGUAAAUUAAAAAAAGAGCAACAAUGUGUGGGGAGGCUGAAUAGGGAAAUACAGUCUCCCCACAUAGCAUCUGCCACACAGAAACUCAACCAGUCAAAUCACCCCCUCCACCCACACACAGUAGGUCACCCGGACAUAUCACACCCCCCACACACACACAGUAAGUCACUCUAUCACAUCACCUCUCCCACACACAGUUACCCUGUCAUAUCUUCCCCUCCCACACACACAUUCAUUCACCCUGUUCCUUCACCCCCUCCUGCACACACACACACACCUCAUCCUGCCACAUCAACCACCACACACAUUCACUCAGUCAUCUUACCACAUAACCCCCUACCUCCCACACAGUCACAUCAUCCACUCUCCUCCACAUACACGCUCUAGGUCACAUCAACCCUCUUUAGACAAACACACUCAGUCACCCUGCCACCUACCCCCACCUACACACACAGUAAAUCUUACAUUACCCCCAUCCUCCACACACACACACACUCACCAUGUCACAGUCACCCCCCACCUCGGCACACAUACACAGACACCCUACACACUACCUACUCACACUCAGUCACCAUAUCACUUCACCACUCACACGCAGUCACAGUCAUUCCACACACUUACCCCUCCCACACAGUUACAUUGCCAAAGCUGUCACACUCACUCUCUUACAGUCGACUGUCACACUCACUGUGUCACAACUACCCUAUAAGUUACCCUCAAACACACAGACACCCCUAGGCACAUGCACUACUCCACAGACAGUAACCCUCAUACUCACAUAAUCACUUCUCACACACACACAACACAGCCACAUUGUAAACAUAAGACAUGCAACAACACCACAAGCAGCCUCAAUAAAUAUGCUCCUAGACACAGAGAUACACAUAUGCAUUGCAUUGCAGGCACAGUCAAGGGUACACAUACACACAAAUAUACACUCUUGUAUUUGGGUUGAUUAAACAUUUGUACUUUAUCUCUUGGAAGACAUCAUGCUCGUAAGAGGAUAGUAAAGAUCUUGUAUAAUGUCUGAGAUAUUAGGUUAUUGCAGGUGUUACAUCUACUGAGAGGGGAUAUGAUAAUAUUAUACAAAUAUAUUCGGGGCCAAUACAAACCACUGUGUGGAAAUCUAUUCACAAACCGGACUUUACAUAGGACACGAGGCCAUGCCUUUAGCUGGAAGAAAGAAGAUUUUGUCUAAGGCAAAGGAAAGGUGUUUUUUUUACUGUAAGAACAAUCAGGAUGUGGAAUUCUCUGCCUGAAGAAGUGGUUUUAUCAGAGUCCAUACAGAUGUUCAAUCGGCUACUAGAUGCAUACUUGCAAAAACAGAAUAUUCAAGGAUAUAAUCUUUCAAUGUAGGGUAAUAACUGCUUGAUCCAAGGAUAAAUCUGACUGCCAUUCUGGGGUCAAGAAGGAAUUUCUUUCCUAGCUUGUUGCAAAAUUGUGCUUCAAACUGGGUUUUUUGCCUUCUUUUGCAUCAACAGCAAAAAACAUGGACGCAAGUAUCUUUUCAGCUAUGUAACUAUGUACUGAAAAACUCCAGUAGUUUCAUUCUCCAAACCAUCUGAGUGUAAGUGGAGAGCUGAGGGUUGUGUGGGAAUGCAUGUUUUCUGGUGGUUUACUCAGCCAGAAGGGGUAAAAUAUUUUAUCCCAUAACACCAACAGGCAUAUGACUGGUCAACUAAAUGGUGCCACUAAUCAGAGCCAAAUAUGUUCUCAUCCUUUCUUAUACAAUUUUUCGUUGUAUGAUAACACCCCAAAUAUUUUAGUUUCCCAAGCUAUCUAUGACACUCUAAAGUUAUAACUCACUUGGGUUUUAUGCACUUAGAUCUUACGUGAGGUUUCCACUAUCAUUUAGUGAUCACAUAGGGUGGGCCACACUCCGGGGUUUGCCACAUACCUUGUAAGACUUGACAUUGCAAUACAACAAUAUGUUGACCUUUAUCAAUCUUCUGUAUGUGAUACCAUGGCACAAACUCUAAAAAUGUCCACUUGCUCUCUCUCUCUGAUACUAUUACCUCCACAUGAAGUUGCCUUGUGACAAAGUGUUCAUGCAAGAUAUACAUCCCUACACUCAAACCUGCAUUCCUGUUAAGCCCUUUAUGGAUAUAUUAGAGUAGGGCUCGACAAAUCACAUGCGCCAGGUCGCAGUGGCAUCUCCAGGAUUUAUAUUUAGGGGGAGCACAUAAGGGGCCAGGGACACAAGUAAGGGGGAAGUUAUGUGUGUGUAUAGAGGAGUCUGUUUAUGGUGUAGUAUGUGUAACUAGGGGCCGUAGUGUGAACACAUGCUCAUGCAUAGGUGCUUUUGAGAUUGUGUGUGUGUGCUGAAAGGGCCUGUAAAGUGUGUGCCUGUGCAUCUAGGACAAGGCCACAAUCAGGGGGUGACAACCAUAACGGUUGUCACGGGCCCGGCGUCCCUGGGGGGCCCAGCCGCCCAGGCCCCACGUGGAGCGGCGAAACUGCCACAGGUGCAUCUUCACCAGUGCCCAUCAGGUGGCCCAAGCAUUUAGGGCCACCCGAUAGGCCCUAUAUCUUCAGGGGCCCGGUCAGCACUGUGGGCGUGUAAUUGUGCGACCUGGCCCCUUUAAAAAAGAAAUUGCGGCUACACCGCAAGUGCUGCUGGGAGGAAGUGACGGCCGGUCACUUCCUCUCAGCUUACUGCGCGCGGGAGGAGAGCGGAGGGAGAGCAGAGGACAGGAAAAAGGAGAGGAGAGAGGAGAGGCAUCCGCUCGCUCCUAUCAUCCCCAGCCACCCUCCUGAAAUGUAAAGGUAAGAGGAGGGUGAUAAAUGAGGUGUGUGUGUGUAUAUGUAUGUAUGUCUGUGUGUGUAUGUAUGUCUGUGUGUAUGUCAGUAUGUAUGUCUGUGUGUGUAUAUAUGUCUGUGUGUAUGUAUGUCAGUAUGCAUGUAUGUCAGUGUUUGUAUGUCAGUAUGUCUGUAUGUAUGUGUGUAUGUGUCUAUCUGUAUGUGUGUGUGUAUGUCAGUAUGUAUAUAUAUCUGUAGGUAUGUCUUUGUCAGUAUGUAUGGCUGUGUAUGUGUCUGCAAGUAUGUAUGUAUGUCUGUGUGUGUGUGUGUAUGUCAGUAUGUAUGUAUGUGUCUAUCUGUAUGUGUGUGUGUUUGUCAACAUACAGCGCAGGAUCAAUUCCUUAUGCAGGAUCCUGUGAAUCUCCUUUUGUAUUGCCGAGACCUUUGUUGUUGGAAGUCGAAGUGUACAGACCUUAAGCCGAUGUCGAAGACCAAGAAUUGUACACAUUGAGCUGGAGUCAUUGUGGAUUUUGUGCGGUUUACGAUGAAACCCAGAGAUUUGAACACCUUCACAGAGUAUGCCGUCUGUGACACCAAUUGUUGUCAUAUCUGACUGUCGUCUAGAUGCAUAGGGUGCCCAAUCCUCGAAUGUGGGCCAUCAUUGGUUUCACAAUCUCCAUAAAGCACCACAGUGCUGAGCUUAGUCCGAAUGGAAGGCAAGUGAAUUGCCAAGGUGUUCCUUUCCAUAGGAAUCUCAGGAAAGGACGACUGUCAUCAUGCACUGGGACAGACGAAUAUCCGUCCUUGAGAUCUAGGCAGGUGAACCGAUCUCAUUUUUGGAGAAGAUCUUGUAAUAUGUGUAUACUUUCCAUUUUGAAAUGGUGGUAGGUAACAUGUACAAUCAGGUCCCGCAGAUUGAUUACCAGACAGUAUUCCCUAGUCUCUUUCCGUACGAGGAACAUCUUGCUGAAGAAAUCUCCCUGGGAGGUGGCCGGUUGGUCAGAGGCCUCUGACUCGUCUGCGUCCUCCUGUUGCUGGGGCUCACCCAGGAAUGUCUCCUUAACGAAGGAGUUGUGACCCCAAGUCCCAUCACCUGACUUACACUGUUUGGCCUUCCAUUUGUCCAGAAUCGACAAUGAGGAGGGAACGUCACACUCCUCGUCCGAGGAAGCGUCGUAUACCAUCUGGGGCACGGCUUAUACGUGUUUUCCCUUUUUAACCACUUAAGGACACAUGACAUGCAUGGCAUGUCAUGAUUCCCUUUUAUUCCAGAAGUUUGGUCCUUAAGGGGUUAAGGUUGCUUUGCCUUUGUGAGGCUUCUGUUAUGACCCUUCGCCCUUCCGGUGGUAUUUCGCUGGGCGCGAUUGCCCUUUAGAGGAUGAAUCUGAAUCCUCUAACAUCUCUCUUGUCUCUCUUGAGAGUGCUUGGGGGGGGUGGGGGGGGCGGUUUUGAUGGUUUUUGGGUAACCAGUAGCAACUUAGCUAAGGCCUUUUCAACAGAAACGGCCAGAGCCACGUUAAUAAGGGCCUGCAGGUCUGCUGGCAUUUGGAAAUCUUCCAUCUCAGUACAAACUCUGGGUCUCCUAAAUUAGUGUUGUAGUUAUAAGGUGGAUAGGCACUUAUAGCAGAUCGUCAGCAGGGACCAACCGGGUGUUUUUAAUCGCCUAUCGUAUGUAUGGCCAUUUUACGUAAAGGGAGACAAAUUCUGGGAGGCUCACCCAGAAAUAAAAGAGACUGCGUGCACAGCUCCCCUCAGCAGCGCCAAUCAAAAUGGGGGCUGACUCCAAUGCCGGAGUACUAGGUACGAGAAUCUGACCGGCUGACUUACCUUUAGCGUUUCCACUAACCUGGAGCAGGUCACUGAGACAGGCAGUAAACACAGCAAUAACAAGAUAUUUGUUGAAAACAUAAUGUAGUACAGCACAGUGAGGGAAUAAGUCCACACAGCACAAACUCCGAAUCACACUCAGUGUUUAUAAUGGCCACAAUAAUGCAAGAUCCAAGAUGACCGCUGUAAAGCCCGCAAAACCGUAUUUAGGAUUCGCGGGGAAACUCAUGAACGGGUCAGGGAAAAUUUUCGCGAACGGCAUUUAGCCGCAAAUGCUAUUGUGCGCGAACAACCAUUCACGGCAAGCAUGCAAACCUAAUGGGAAACCAUCUGUAGAAUGCAAUGUGUUUUAGUCACGUUCGACAGGUAGGUACAGGUAAACGCUGACGUCACGAAUUAAAGUUCGCAAAAUAUUCACCGAAUGAGUAAAGUAAUGUGCGUGUUCGGUUGGUGAAUGGCCCGAAUAAGCAGGUUUCCACAAGGUUUCCACAUGAACUAGUGUGGCACGCGAAUGCCUAAAGGGCAGGAGAGUCUCCUUGGCGCUUUACACUCACUUUGUGAGUGCGCUGUGCCGCGAGGGCUCCCCAAAGUGGUGAGCAUAGCCAUAGAAGACGGGGAAUAUACCAAGAUGGAUUAAAACCAUCGGUAUAUUCCCUGAACAGUGCGAGGGAAGGAACAGAGGGGAAGAAAAAAAGGCGGGAUUAAAGGGUAGGAAGAAACCUAGCCCAACAGUGCAACCCAAGCAAUAAGGAUGCAAAUAGCCCCUAAAUUCCCCACAAUAGACAAUAAACAUAUAUAUUAAAAAGUAAUAAUGACAAGACAGGCCAGUGAAAAGAAUGUGAGACACACAAUAUUCUGUACAACCAAAAAAAAAGUGCGCUAUAAUAUUAAAUUUACUCUAUAUUUCCAAAAUUCAAACAUGUGACAGACCAAUAGUAAGAAAAAUCACAAUACUGCAAAGUGCACAAUUUAAAGUGCAUAGUGUAUUAAAGUGCACAAUUAUGACCAAAGAGCAAUUGCAACGUCAAGUUUAUUGUGGUAAAAAAAAAAGUUUUAUUGUGGUAAUAACAUUUUUGGAAGAUCAGUAUUUUCUGGAUGUGCACAUCUUUUACAAGAUUGGUCCACCCCACGGGAGGAAGCCGGAUGUUGUAUGGUGGUGGAGAGGAGCCUUAACAGAUUGAGCAGACUUUCCUGCUUCUUGUUUGUGAGUGCAUUUAGUACUACUUAUAUAUUGACAAUAUUGUAUAAACUAGCGUAUACGUAUUGGGUUAUUGCACUUGGGAGGUCCUGCUUUUAUUGAAAUAUUGAUUGCUUGUCACAAAAAAUGUUUAGCACCAUAUUUUACUUGUUUUCUAGUGUGUACACAAUAUUCUGACCGGACUUGUGAUGGAGCAGCAAAGAGAGUGGAAGUGCCUCAGUUGGAGGGGCUUAUUAUAUACUAUGUUUAUCUCUUAUUGGUCAUUUAUGUUCUUUCCUGCUAUUGGAGUAGUUAAGGAAGUUAAUGCAAAAUAUGAAGCAUCCUGUCAUGUGAUAAAAUUCAAUGCUUUCCCAUUGGAAAGCAUUUGGGACUAUUGAGCAUGUGCGGCAAAAUGCUGCACCAAUCAGCAUCUCCUCAUAGAGAAGCAUUAGAUCAAUACAUCUCUAUGGGAAAUGUUCCUUGCCUCCAGGCAGAGCGUGGAGAUGCUGAAUGCACUGAGAUAAGAGACACUUCAGUGGCCAUUUAAGUUACUGCCACUAGAGGUGUUAUUAGGUAGCAAAGUAUACACACUCUCUGAAAAAGCAGUGUUCAUUUUGAAAAGCCUGCAGGAACAGGCAACAGACACCAGAGCCACUACAUUACUAUCUUGAUUUGCAUGUAAUGCGUCUAUCUCAUAUCAAUCUCAAGGCCUUGAGAUUUCUUUCUGUUUUCAAAUUCCAUUAAAUAUACUCGUUUUUGCUGUGAUUUGCAAUAACCAUUUGUGCGCUAUCACCUUUGUCUAUACUCCAAGAUUUUGGAGUAAAAGGGGAAACUAAUAUAUGAGAUAGACGCAUUACAUGCAAAUCAAGAUAGUUCAAGCUGUGAUUUGUCAUAAGUGCAUUGAUUAUGGCUUACAGCUCAUGAAAAUCCCAAAUCCGCAAUCUCAGUGAAUUAGAAUUUAACAUGCAAUCAAUAAAACAAGGAGUGUACAUAGAACAAUAUUGGACCUCUGAAAAGUAUAAGCAUGCAUAUGGACUCAGUACUUGGUUUGGGCCCCUUUUGCAGCAAUUACUGCCUCAAUGCGGCGUGGCAUGGAAGCUAUCAGCCUGUGACACUGCAGAGGUGUUAUGGAAGACCAGGAUGCUUCAAUAGCGGCCUUCAGCUCUUCUGCAUUGUUCGGUCUCAUGUCUCUCAUCUUUCUCCAUGGGGUUGAGGUCAGGCGAGUUUGCUGGCCAAUCAAGCACAGUAAUCCCACUGCCACUGAACCAGUCUUUGGUGCUUUUGGCUGUGUGGGCAGGUGCCAAGUCCUGCUGGAAAAUGAAGUCAGCAUCCCCAUAAAGCUUGUCUGCGGAAGGAAGCAUGAAGUGCUCCAAAAUUGCCUGGUAGAUGGCUGCGUUGACCCUGGACUUACAGCACAGUGGACCAACACCAGCAGAUGACAUGGCUCCCCAAAUCAACACAGACUGUGGAAACUUAGCACUGGACUUCAAGCAUCUUGCAGUAUGUGCCUCUCCAUUCUCCCUCCAGACUCUGGGUCCUUGGAUUCCAAAUGAAAUGCAAAAGUUGCUCUAAUCAGAAAAGAGGACUUUGGACCCAGUGGCGGAUCCAGAGCCUGAUCUCGGGAGGGGCACUUGUACAUUAUAUAAAGAAAUAAUCCAGGCACAAUAACCACUACAGCUCAGUGUAGUAGUUAUGGCGCCAGUAGUGCCCGGAUCCCAUCCCAGAGUAAGUAGUCAAACCACUUAAGAACAGUUUGACAACUGUGUGUCUGCUGGGAUAUAGAGCAUAGGAGCAGUGGUAUGUGUUAGGGGUGAAGUGUGUGUGAAAGGUGCAGUGUGUGUGUGUGAGCGGUGAAGUGUGUGUGCAAGUGCGUGAGGGCAGCAGUGUAUGUCAGGGUUGCAGUGUGUGUGUUAGGGGGCAGUGUGUGUGUGUGAGAGAGCUGCAGUGUGUGUGUGUGUGUGUGUGUGUGUGAGCGGUGCAGGGUGUAUGUUAGGGUGGCAGUGUGUGUGAGUUGCAGUGUGUGUGUGUUGGGGGCAGUGUGUGUAUGGGGGGCAGUGUUUGUGGGGCAGUGUGUGUAUAGGGGGCAGUGUUUGUGGGGCAGUGUGUGUAGUGUGUGUAUGGGGGGGGCAGUGUGUGUAGUGUGUAUAUAUGGGCAGUGUUUGUGGGGGACUCCCUGGUGGUCCCAGUGGUAGGAGUGAACUCUAGCCCGUGAACUCUAGCCCGUAGCUCCAGGGCUAGAGUUCAUUCUCGCGAGAUUUGGAGCGUUGACGUGGUAACCGGAGAAGCUGCAGGGAAGAGCUCCCAGGUACUCUCUCCUCCCUCUCUGCAUUAGCCGGCAGGGGAAAAUCUCGGGGGGGGGGGAAAUUGCCCCGUUGCCCCCCCUGGAUCCGCCACUGUUUGGACCACUGAGCAACAGACCAGGUCUGUUUUUCUUUAGCCCAGGUUAGACGCUUCUGACGUUGUUUGUUGUUCAGCAGCGGCUUGACAAGAGGAAUACGACAUCUGAAGCCCAUGUCCAGGAUCCGUCUGUGUGUGGUGGCUCUUGAUGCACUGACUUCAGCCUCAGUCCACUCCUUGUGAAAGUCCCCAACACAUUUGAAUGGCCUUUUCCUGACAAUCCUCUCCAGGCUGCGAUCAUCCCUGCUGCUUGUGCACCUUUUUCUUCCACACUUUUCCCUUCCACAUAACUUUCUUUUAAUGUGCUUUGAUACAGCACUUCGGGAACAUCCAACUUCCUUCGCAAAUACCUUUUGAGGCUUUCCCUCCUUAUGGAGGGUGUCAAUGAUGGUUUUCUGCACAACUGUCAGGUCAGCAGUCUUCCCCAUGAUUGUGAUUCCUACUGAACCAGACUGAGAGAUCAUUUAAAGGCUCAGAAACCCUUUGCAGGUGUUAUGGCUUACUUAGCUGAUUAGAGUGGGACACUGUGAGCCUAGAAUAUAUUGCACCUUUUCACAAUAUUCUAAUUUACUGAGAUUGUGGAUAUGGGGUUUUCAUGAGCUGUAAGCCAUAAUCAUCGCAUUUAUGACAAAUCACGGCUGAAACUAUCUUGCUUUGCAUGUAAUGUGUCUAGCUCAUAUAUUAGUCUCCCUUUUUACGUUGCAUUACUGAAUUAAAUGAUUUUAAAUGAUUUUGCAUGAUAUUCUAAUUUUUUGAGUAUCACCUGUCUAUAUAUACAUAUAUAUAUAUAUAUAUAUAUAUAUAUAUAUAUAUUAAGUAGAUAAAGGAAAUGCACUCUUUGGUCUUUAUGCAAAAAUCAGUAGUAUUUAAUGAAUUCGAUCAAAAAAAGGUUUACAUAUAUCCGAUCAACGUUUCGACCCAUUCAGCGUGGGAUAUAUAUAUUCAGCGUGGGAUUGCACCAGCGUGGCAUGUAGCGGGCUUUUUACCAUCUGAAAGGGUGAGUGCCAUUUUCCUAUAUAUAUAUAUAUAUAUAUAUAUAUAUGUAUUAAGGCCUUCUGGCCUGUAAUUGUGGGAGGGGCGUAUGUCACACCCCUUCCCUACUUACCUGGCUCCAUACCGUUCGAGGUCAGCGCUGCAUCACCCUCCUACCACUCCUCAUUAUUAACUCCCUUUUCUUUACAUUUCUUCUUGGUGGGCCCUCUUUAUUUACAGGCCUCAUCGUCGGUUCCGGCACACCACAACCGACUUGCUCUUUUAAUACCAUCAUGAGCCCUUAACACAAAUAUAGAUAUAUAUACAGUGGGACCUCAGUUUACAAACGACUCGGUUAACAUUAUUUUCGGUUUACAAAUGAAAAUCCAUUGAAAAUAAUGCCUUGGUUUACACAUUUGUUUCGCAAUACAAAGCAAGUUUCCCCAGGAUGCAUUGCACCUGGGAGGUUUAUAGCACUGCCCCCUGCAUGCUGGAGCCUGUGGGUAGCAAGUGGCGUCAAGUGUGGAGAUGUUGGAGCGGCUUUUGCAUCAAGUUUUGGAGCCAUUCUGGAAAUUGUUUGCAGUUGUUUUGGGACUUUUUGGUGUAUUUCUCAAGCUGUGGAAAGGUUGGGAGCUGAGCUUCGUCGUUUGCAUGCCUUUUAUUGUGUGUUCUGCAUUGUGGAUUGGUUUCCAUGCCAGUUCAUUUUGACUUUUUUCUGACCUCCAGAACGGAUUCAUUGGUUUUCAGUGCAUUCCUGUGGGAAAUCGCGUUUCGGUUUCCAAAUUUUUCGCAAUAAGAAACGUCCCGGAGAAUGCAUUAAAUUCGUAAACCGAGGUCCCACUGUAUAUAUAAAAUCAUUAACUUUGUUUAUUUAUUUUUAGAGCUCUUUUAGAGCAGUCACAUGGUCCCUUGGGUUCUUUUUUGCAGAGGGGGGACUGUCUGGGCUGUCAGUCAGUUCCCCCAUUGAAGAGGAAGACCGAUUGCCGGCGGGGGAAUGGUGUCGAUCGGUAAGUACAUGGGGAAGGAGGAAGGGAGGGUAGGGGUUACUUUUUUAAUUGAAUUUUUAUUUUUUUAUUUUAACUUUAAAUGAGUGCCUCGACCCCUUGAGGCCCUCAGCACAGGCAGAGCAUCAGAAGCCUGCCUGAUUGAGUUCUCUGGCGUGCCGGCAGUGAGGGGGUAUCAGUGGCGGAUCCAGGGGGGGCAAUGGGGCAAUUGCCCUCCCCCCCGAGAUUCUCCCAUGCCGGCUAAUGCAGGGCUGGCAUUGUCUAAGUGCCAGCCCUCCAAUGUGCCAGCAGACCGGGGAGGGAGAUCAAUGACUGAGUGAGAGGAGGACCCAGGAGCUCUUACCUGCAGCUCCUCCGGGUCCUCCUUUCGCGAGCAUGGAGCGUUGCCGCGGUUACCAUGGCAACGCUCCAAAUUUCGCGAGAGUCAAAGGUAAGAAGGGAGGGGGCACAUAAAGAAUAUAUGUUUUAAUUACAUUUAAAAAAAAAAAACAGAUAUAAGAAGGGUGGGGGGGGGGCUUUUAAUAUUUUAAUAUAAUAUGUGUUGUUUUAAAAAAAAAAAUGAAUAUAUAUGUAUGGGGCAGUGUGUGUGUGGGGGGGGCAAUGUGUGUGAUAAGAAGGGUAGAGGGCUUUUUUAUAAUCACACACACAUUGCUCCCCCUCCUCCCCCACACACACACUGCCCCCAUACACACACACUGCCCCCCACACUCACACAUACACUGCUAUCCUCACACACACACACACUGCAAAUAUCACACACAAAUACUGACCCACACAUACACUGCCCCCCUAACACACACACUGCACCCCUGACAUAUACUGCCGCCCUCACUCACACACUGCAACCUUCACAGACACACACUGUCCCCCUCACACACACACUGCACCCCUUACACAUUGCAACACUCACAUACACCACUGCUUCUAUGCCCUACUACAGCCCCAUUUCCCAGUAGACCUCAGGUAAGUUGUCAAACUGUUAUUAAACAGUUUGACUACUUACUCUGGGAGGGGGUCCCGGCACUAUUGACACCAUAACCGCUACACUGAGCUGUAGUGGUUUUUGUGUCUGGAUUAUUUAAAAUAAUAAAUAAUCUACAAGUGCCCCUCCCGAGAUCAGGCUCUGGAUCCGCCACUGGGGGGUAUUGCAGCAAUGCCUCGACAUCGAGGCAUCGCUGCAAUACCAUUAGAGCUGCUAGAUGAUCCUGAGCAUGGUCAUAAAGUCAUAUUCUGGCCCCCGUUUGCAUCAGCAAACGGCGUGCGAGGGGGCAUAGCUGGGAGAACACAGCUCCCUUGCCGCGUUUGACAGGUAGACAGCAGCCCGCCGGAGGGGUCCAUCAGGUGGCCAGCAGGUGACAUGGCGAAACAUGGGGGACAUUUGGGAGGUGGCAUUUUUUGCUGCCACCUAAUAAGUGCCUGCAGGAGCAAUGGGAACGGCGUUCCUGCUGUGAAAAAAGUGCAGGAACACUGUUCCAACGCGUUCCUGCAGGACUCGAGCCCUGUGUGCGUGUAUCUUUGUGUCAGUGUGCAUAUGAGUGUGUGUGUAUGUGCCAGUGUGUAUCUGUGUGCCAAUGUGUAUCUGAGUGUGUGUGUGAAUGCGCCACUGUGUAUGUGCCAGUUUAUGUAUCUGUGUGUCAAUGUGUUCAUACAUGUUUAGUGUGUGUGUGGGAGUGCUGUAGCAGGUGAAGCCAUUUUUGCAUGCUGGGAUGUCUGCAACCCUGAUGGAAAUAGAAUAUAUAUAUAUAAGAAAUAUGGUAAGCUCAUAAUAUCAGUUUUAUUACAGCAUUUUAUACUUUGCAGGACGACGGGUCUGUGCUGGAGAGAGUUUGGCCAGAAUGGAACUCUUCAUAUUCUUUACCGGUUUGCUCCAGAAGUUCACGUUCCACCCGCCACCCGGGGUAGACAAGUCUGAUCUAGACCUUACUGCAGACACAUUUUUCACCAUGAGACCAAAGCAUUAUAAAAUUUGUGCCACACUGAGACAAUAGUUAAGACAAAAGAAAAUAAAAAUCUUUGGUCUUAUUGAUAUGCAACUAUCUGCACUUAUUUAAAGGUCCACUAAAGUCACCCAGGCCACUUUAUCUCAAUGAAGUGGCCUGAGUGCAGUGGUUCUGUCAAUUUAACCCUUCAUGGUAAAACAUUGCAGCAUUGCAAAUACGUUAAUAUUUUCCACCUCUUUCCUCAUCUCCAACCCUGACUCAUUUCCCUUUGCCGGGAGCAACUUGGCCGGUGCCCGGUGCACCUCCAGGGGGUGCUUUACGGGAUAACAACACGAUCCAUUUGUGUAAAAAUACUCACAGAUGACGGAUAACUAUAGAUAACUAUGACGGCUCCCCUGAAUACGGCUCCAGGUUUAAGGGCUGAUAUGUUUUAUAUGAAUAUUGUUACUGGAUUCUUUUGAGUUCUUAUUAACUAUUUCUCUGCGUAUGAAAACGUUUUAUAUACACAUGUUGCAUCAAUAAAUAUCUAUUUCAAACAAAAACAGCAAUGUUUUCCCUGAAGGAUUAACUCACCAGUCACUUUAACAGCCACUGGAGGUGUUUCCACCGCACAGACUGAGUAAAACCUGGUCACGUGAUGCAGAAGCCCCCACAGGAAAUAAUGGAUUCAAUGCUUAGCCAUGGAAAAGCUUGAAUGUGCAUUCAUGCACAUUAGGUUACCAAUGCUCCUCUAUAAGGAGCUUAGGAUUGGAUCAUGCCGUAGGAGGCCAUACCUUCACCAUGACAUUGUGGGAGGAGGAGAGGUGAGCAGCACUAAUGCAGCCUUGGCACUGGAAAAAUGUAUGUAAAAAGUAUUGUAUUGUAUUAUUUUUCACGUGACCCACUGGUUUGUAUUCCUAACACUCUAGAGUUCCUUGAAUCUACAAAUAGGCACAUAUAACACCUUAAUGAAAUUCUGCAGGAUUAAUAGCCACUUUUUUGAACGUUUACAGAAGAAAUUUAAUACAAGUGAGCGCACACAGGCCUCACUAUAGAGAACGAAAUACCCAUAGCUUGUAGCUGUACUUUGAGAUCACAACAUUCAGUCAUAACAUAAGCGUUACAAGGAAUAGGUACCCCUGGGUUCAUUUUCAAAUGACAUUAUGUUCAGUGCAAGGGGAGUAUCCUCCAGCUAUCAUAAUCAUGUUAACCUUCUCCAAACUAACCCUGUUUGUAUCCAAGGUGCCGUGUAUCCUGCUAGAAAGGACAAUAGAAAGAGAUAAAGAGGGUGAUGAGGCAGAUAGAUAGGAAGCAGUAAUUGGUAAUCCCCCAGAGAGGCUGAGCCACCCUUGGAGAGACCGAGCCAGCCCCCAGAGAGUCCGAGCCUCCCCCUGCAGAUUUCCUGUGACUUGGGCUACAAUCACAUCUCACAAGUCACGCGCCAUGUACACAAACCAUAUCCAUAGCAAUUUUAGAUGAAUUUUGGAAAUUUACUCCAUCAACUUCUUCAAAAAUAUGACCGAUGGCUGUUAUGUAAACUUAUUUUACUUAAAGGGAUACUAAGCACCAUUAUAUUCACUUCAUCUUAUUUUUAUGGUUAUAGUGCAUGUAAGGUAUGUGUCUAGUCUUUCCAGAUUUAGUCAAGUAUAGUCAAGUAGUUUGACAAACCAUACGGAAUUUCCUAAAACUGUUUAAAUAAGAGAAAAUAUCCUCAUUCUCCGUCUAGCCCAUGUUUAUAUAAAAGAGGGUUGUCAUCUGAGAGUGUCAUUGCCAUUGUCCUUCUCUGUUUCCAUUGUUGUAAGAAUGAUCUUUGUGUUCAAUAAAAAAUCUUGGCUACUCUUGCCCCCUGAA